AUGAUGAACUCCAGUGUCGACCUGUCCCGGAGGAAUCCGCAGGAGGAUUUCGAGCUGAUCCAGAGGAUAGGAAGCGGCACAUACGGAGAUGUGUACAAGGUAAAACUGCAGUGAGAGAAGCAGCCACACACUUCCAUUAUCGGACACGGAUUGGUUACACAUGUACUGCUCUCUUUUGCAGCUCAUCAGUAUCAUCAUGGUAGCAGAUAACGAAUUAUUUAGCAAACGUGAGCCUAUUGCAGAGCCAUUACCUCCUGUGUUUGUGUUUACUGAAGCAGCAUUCAGUCCGGUGCUGGUUCUAUUGUGAGACCCACAGCUGAUGUUGAGUCAGUGUUUUUGUUUUGGAUAUGUCGACGACAUUUUAACCAUUUAUGGUUGAUAAAUGAAGCAAAGAAACAGCCUUUGGUUUACAAUGACUAGUUAUUUGGUAAUAAUGACUAUUUUAUCCAGACUUGACUCUGACUGGUGACGAUCCAAACAGAUUUGCUCGAACAGACAUCGCACUGAUCCUAAAUGUGUGAAUAGCACAUAAUUUGUGCCAACUUGUUUAUGUCAAAGCCAUAGUAAACCACACGCAUCUUAUCUGUGCAGUGAUUUACAGUGUGUACGUUUCUAAAGACCUCCUUGUAGAGUUGUCGGGUGAUGUUUGUGUAGCCGCUAGCUGUCCGAGAACGGACGCAGUUAGCUAACCCGUUAGCAUCGGGAGGCUAGCUAGGCUUUUACCUAUUUUAUGCAAACAGUGUGACAAAAUGAGAGGGGAAAAUGUUUUCUAAUUGUGUAGGAAUGUAAAUUAAAACCAAGAACAACCCGCAGCGUCGCUUCAAAUUGUUUUAUAGCAGAUAUGUUGCUGUAUCGUUACAAGAGUCUCUCCUGAUGUGACACAGACUGACAGCUGCCUGCUUGGAUUUCCAGCUUGGCUAAAGGUCUCAGAGCUAAGCAAGCUACACCAACAACCUCAAUAUCCUCAAUGUCUGUCUUUAUUUAUUCUCGUUUUGGGAAAUGUUUUUAGUAUAUGUCGUCCUUUUAGAACUGGGAUGUGCUUGUUUUUUUGAACAGCCUGGUUAUAACAGUCGCGUGACAGUUUUUAUCUGUGGCCUUGCACUCGCAAAGGGGCCUGUACUGGGAGCACACAGCCUGCAUCCACAGGGAAAGGAAGUUCCUGAAAACCCAGCUUCAACACACUCAUGUACAUGUUGAUUGUAUGCAGUACAGAACAAUUUUGACUUUGGUCUGACAAAACAAUGGUUUUGAAAUAAACCAAAAGAAAUACUAUGAUACUGUCACACCUAAUGCAGAAUUAAUAACAUCUCUGGAAACAGUCAAAAUAUGCUCGCAAGCAAGACCUGUAAGCAAACACACAUGCAGGAUGGUGUUGGUGUUACAAAUGCACAACUGAACAUCUUAGAUAUUAGGAAACAUUUUAAAGGGAUAUUUCGGUGUAAAAUUAAUUUAGGGUCAAACACACUGCAACAUCGAGUUAGACAACCCCACGAGAGAUGAAUGUUGCAGAAUGCUUGCCUCUCUAGUUAUAUCAACUUUAGUAACAACCACACGAUAGCAAUCCACAGUGGUCUGAGGAGCCAUAAACAAACCUCAACCAAAAACCACUUUAUAGCCACAAAUAAUGCUCAGAAAAGCAUCUCACUUCAUCAACAGUACAUACAGGGUCCUAACGACAGCACUAGCCAUUAAACAUCUUUUUAUCUUUUUGGCUUUGCCUGAUUUCUUUAGCAAAGAGACUAAACACAACUCAUCUACUCUCUUCCAGCAGCCGCUUGUUUGUAUGGAGACCACCGGCCAGUCCUUUACGGACUGCUGCAGGGUGAUGCAGCCCAAGGAAGAACAUUUAUGAUCAUUUCUUUAUCAUUUCCUUGAAGUAAUAAUCACCAUAUCAUUUUGCACUGCAGAUGCGGUAGUUCUUCUACCUUAGCAUCUCGGUCUGAUUGUAUUUCCAUGAAGAAUUGAUCAUAAAUGUUCUUCCUUGAGCUGCGUCACCCCGCUGUAGUCCGUAAUGGGUUGGCUUGAGGUCUUGGUACAGACAAGCGGCUGCUGGAAGAGAGUAGGUGAGUUGUGUUUAGUCUCUUUGGGAAAUUAAUUAGGCAAAGUUAAAAAGAUGUUUGAUGGCUAGUACUAUGGCUGGGAUCCUAUAUGUACUGUUGAUGAAGUUAGGUGCUGUUCUGAGCAUUAUUUGUGGCUAUAGAGUGGCUUUUUGGUUGAGGUUUGUUGUGUGGAGACGUAGACUGGUGAGUACUGCUAUCGUGCAGUCGUUGCUGAAGUUGGUAUAAGUAGAGAAGCAAGCAGUCAGCAACAUUCAUCUCUUGAGGGGUUGUCUAACUCGGUGUUACGGUGUGUUUGACCCUAAUUUAAUUUUACGCCAGAAUAUCGCUUUAAGUGUUAAACACCUAUUGUGUUAGAUUAGAAAAGAUUAAAUGAAAUUUAGACAAAAGAGAAAUAACAACUAGGUAUGUACAGCAUGUAAUUAAAUUAUGUAAUAAUGUCUUAUUCUUGAUAUUAUUGAAUAACAAUAAUACACCAAUCUUCCCUGUUUGUAUGUAGCUCUCUUUAGUGUAUCAGUCAGGGUAUGAAAGUUAAACAUCAACACACUUACCAUUGUGAUUGUUUGUGUCUCACUCACUCACUCUGCUGAGGAAUUUAAUUUCUCUGCUGCGUUAGAGAGAGGCUCCUGGCAGACACAAGUGUUAUUGAACUUAUAAUGGGAGCCGAUGAUGUUUGGUGAACCUCUGGGCUCCUUAUAGUUAAAUACAUGCAACAUGUAUAGAAAUGUGAAUGAUUCACAAGCUUUGAUUAGCUGAAAACCUUGCUACUUGUCACUAGUUCUUACCUUUUUUGUGUGUGAUGCAUGGUUCCCUCCCUGCUGCUGCUAAUCUGGUUUGUUUCUAAUUUAGGUUCAGUAUCUUGCCUUGUUGCAGACACACAGGUCUGACAGGACCUCUUCAGUAGGUCAGCAGCAGCUCAGAGCUAACCUGUCAUAAACAUGAUACAGCAGGGUAGAGUUUUCAUGUUUGUUUUUAUAUAUUUGUAAGAACAUAACCAAAAUUCUUCAAUAUUUUCUUUGAAUUGACAGUUAAUACUUCAUUUUGGUGUAUGAAAAACACAGUUAUUAUGGAGCUAUUAUGAGGCUUUUCACAUCAGUAGGCGUUUGAAUUGAUAAGGACACUCUCAGGGAUCAAACCUGAAACCAGGGUUUUGUAGGAUGUGCCUCCAAGCAGCAGGCCACUUGGUAAACCUCACUGAGUGAUGCCUAUAUUUGGUUCUACUGCUGUGUGAAAAUCUGUGGCUUGGAUAGGAAUGUUUGAGCAGGAAACAAAGUGUGAACAGGAGCUGGCUUGUUUUCGCCCCUGUUUGUGACUCUUCCUCUUGGUCUGUAUCAGUCAGAAGCUAAGGGGAGAUUGGCUCAUUGUCAGACUGGCCUCUUGGACAAAGUGUCGCCGGUUCAAUUAAUUAAAGAGUUCCUGUCGGAACUAGUCUGCACGAGUUUACAGUACUUUUUGAGCUACCAAUACUGUAUGCUGAUAGGCAGUGUUAGCAAAAUCAGGAUAAUUUAAUAAAAAAAACUCUGGCCUGGGUUCUGCUAUUUCUGUCUGAACUGCAUCCUAAGAAGAGUGUGAAACACCUCAUCAGCAUUCAGAGAAUUCAGUAGCACAAAAAGUCUCCAUUGAAACCUCCACUAAUGAAUUUCUAAAGUCGCUCCUUAAGGCAGAGUGACAUUUACAGACCCCUCGAGCUGUUUAGUAAAGAAAGGAAACUAAAGCAUGCAGGGUUGUUUAAUUCAUCAAGUUUCACAUAUAUUACCACUGUACUGUGUUAUUUUGAUUCAUAUUCAAAUCACAUCUAAACAGAAACAAAAAUCAGUUCCCUAUAGAGAUUCAUGGAGAAGCUUACAGCAGCAGCUGAGCAGUUGAACUGCUCAUCAGAGCCUGGUGUAAAUAACCACAACAGUUCACCUCCACAUGUGAUUAACUGUUUCUGCAGACAAAUCAUUAGCUAAGUAUCGAUAUUGGAGGGUAGCCACUCUCUCCUCUUGUACCGGAGGUGGCAGCUGCACUGAGCAAUUUCCGAUCUUUAAACCUUAAGGUUGCUUUUCAUGGAAGGAAAUGGUGUGAUUCGCUUGAACAAGCAUGCAAAAUAUUCUAUCAUGAUGCUAGCAAACUGCCCUGCACAGCAUGCUUGUGUUUACCUGAUUUUACUCUUGAGUGACUUUUUAGACCGAGAGGCACCAAAACUACCGGAAAGCAAUAUUUUUCAUUUAAGGGCUUAGCUUUAAAAAAACAAAAAACAAACACCCAGCUAACUCACUGGCUUUAAGGAUACCAUUUGUAUCGAUUUGUCGAUUUCUCUCUUUUGUGGUCCCAUUUUGUCAUUGAAACUGCUUCAAACACCCUCAGUAAGUACCAGAAUCAGCUCUGUCUUUUGCUCUGCAGCCGAGAAAACCUGCUGCAAUAGCUACCCCCUCUUUCUCUCCCAAGACCCAGCACAGGCUGAGUGAGUAUUUAUCAAUACACAGCAGAGUGAUGUAACUUCUGUUGUUGAAAUAGGAUGACUGACUCGUUUUCUCAAGGUGAUGUUGCUAACGGUCUUCAGAUUGAGGAAGUUUCAAGUCAUACAAGGAGGGUACAGAUCAGUUAAUGAUGAAUCCACUUUGGCAGCAGCAGAGGUGUGUGCGCUCCUGGAGCUACAGUCACCUGGAUAUUUUUGGAGUUGACGUAAAGGGCAAGCAAUGUAACCAGUGAUUGUUGAAUUGUCCUGUUUUUACUAGCACAUUAAGACAAAUAUCUGAAUGAUAUGGUUACCGUGGGCAUGAAUUUAAUAUAAACACAAUGACCCAACUAAAACAACACAUCUUGCCAGACACGAAGCAGAAUUUCUUGCUGAAAGACCAACUCUGAUGAAAAUCAUGAUUUUCUUGUCAUCUACAUGUUCAUGUGGCAUUUUACUGAUGCUACAGGACAUGUCAUGAGAAAACUUAAGUGCAAAACUGUAUUUCUGAGUAUCUCUCCACUCAAAUUGCUGUGAACCUCUCGUCGACCUAAACGGGAGGCUCAGACUCAGUGGGAUAUCCUAUGUCACAAGUCCAAACUCCACCCCCAGAGCCCUGCUAUGUAGACCAGACCCCAAGAAGUGGAGAGGACAAUUGUAGAACAAAUAUGUGCAUUAGUGGUAGGGCUGCAGCUAUUGAUUAUUUUAGUAAUCAAGUAUUCUACCAAAUAUUCCAUUGAUUAAUCGAGUAAUCGGAUAGAACAUAAUUGUUUUUUGUUAAUGUGCAAUUAUUAAUAUACAACAUAAAAUAAGACAUUGAACUUAAUAAUGAACCAUCAGUUGUUAUCAUUUUUUAAAACAAGAAAUGCAGAACAAGUGUGUGCAUUAGUGGAUUGCAGUACUCUAAAGAAAGGUAAUAAUAAUAUUGACUUUCAUCAUGCCCCUAAAGACAUUCGUGUCGGAAAGCUGAAUAGCUCCUAUGUUACCUAUUUCUACUUCUACACCGGCAAUGUUAGGCUGCAAGCUACCAUGAAAAGGAGUGUGCAGAGCAGCGCUGUCUCCGCCCACGACUCAGAGGUAAAUUGCUAAUGAACUACAGGAGCUCUGCAGAAGAAAAUUCCCUCUUGUCAUUCUUUUUUCCGCCCUGCAAAACCAAAACUGCGUUUACUCCUCCUUCUACCUUGGUGACGUAAGCGCGUUGUGUCUCCUUGAAAAUGAUCAGUGCAAAACAAUGACAAUUUGAGUUUAUAAACUAGCAAUCGAAACAGAGAAGAUUCCCAGAUUAUUUUUUAUAAUCCAAGUACUCGAGGAAUCAUUUCAGCCCUUGUUAGUGGAUUGCAAUGCUCGUCAGAAAACUAAUUUUGAUAUUAACUUUCAUCAUGUCCCCGAAGACAUUUGUGUCCGAGAGCUGAAUAGCUCCUAUGUUACCUGCCACUUCUGCUACACCGGCAAUGUUAGGCUGCAAGCUAGCAUGAAGAGGAGUGUGCAGAGCAGCGCUGUCUCUGCCUAUGACUCAGAGGUGAAUUGCUAAUGAUCUACUGGGGCUCUGCCAAAGAAAAGUCCUUGAAAAUGAGACAGGUAACGUGACUUUUGUUAAAACUUCACAAUCACAAUUUAAAGACCAAUGAGUACACUUUAAGUAGUUAAAAAAAAAAAAAGACCAGAGUGGGACUUAAAACUUUCAUAGACUGGAUUAAAGUUGAUCAUGCUGUCAGAUUGAACAAGGAUAAAAAGCCUUGGUUUGACUCAGAUACUCAAUAAUUCUUCUCCAAAGUGACAGAAUCUUUCACCAAUGGUCAGUCAGUCCUGAAUUGCUUUCUGUAUAUUUUUACUUGAUUUUAUGCAGGACUAGUGUCGUUAACUGAGGUGAAUGUGGUGUGUUAACAGUUUCCUCUGACCAGACCUCAGUGUAUGUGGCACAGCUGGGCAGCCAUGCUCCAGGAAUGCAGGACUCCUUACUUCCUCUGAGUGUGUGUGUGUGUGUGUGUGUGUGUGUGUGUGUGUGUGUGUGUGUGUGUGUGUGUGUGUGUGUGUGUGUGUGUCUGUGUCUGUGUAUGUGUGUUCAAUUCAUGUCCUAUUGUUUCACCAAUGUACAGCGCGCACACUCACACGCCCAGCCAGAUGGUUGUAUCUCCGCUCACAUAGACACACACACGUUCACAGAUGUCUGCAGAGUCACAAUCAAACCAUCCUGUUUUUGUCGCUGUUCCUCCAGUUGUUUUCUCACUCAGAUUGGGGACUGGUCUUGGCUCUUUGCUUUGGAGUCCAGUUCAUGUUCUCUGCAGAAAUUUGUCUCGGCGCCACCAGUGCUGUGACCAAUGAAAACUCAAAUGGUUACACAGAAGUAGGGCUGGGCGAUAUGGCCUCAAAUCAAUAUCACAAUAUAUUUUGCAGUUCACCUCGAUAACGAUAAAUGGACGAUAACUACUUCGCAAGCUGCUCACCCCCUCCCACAUUAACCUCGUCUACUUCAGCCGCCGCUCCAGCUGCUACAAAUUUUGAACCGUCCUCCAUCUCCUCACCUGUCUUUCCCUCUUUGUUAGGGACUAGAUGGGGUGGAGUCAUGUCCCUGAUGUAGGACAGCGUCUUAAAGGGACAUGAGACCAUAGCCUACCUACACACAUCCAAAACCAACUUUUAUUUAUUCAUGCCUUUGACACAAAAUACAUUGACAUGGGCAAAAUGAUGUUGGUUAUAGUCGUAAAUUCAGGUGUCGGUAAAUUUUUGCUUUAUCGCCCAGCCCUACACAGACGUGAGAUCGAGGUGAAGUGGCAUUGCUCUCAACCAGAUUACAGUGUCAUGUAUGUUUUUGUAACUUAUAUAGGAGGAGAUCACCAAUCAUGAUACAAACCUGUUAUGUGGUUCUCUUUAGAUAAGUGUCAGUUUUCUGUAUGCCUUCUCCUGCUCGGAGAACUUACUUACUGCAGUUUUCAUGGAAAUAACAGGGCAUGUUAGGGAGUAGCUAUAUUUUUCAAACUUAAAUUUUAAGUUUGUCAAGUCAAAUACAACAUACAGCAUUUUCCCCCCCUAUCAAGUACUCACUGGCUACAAAACAUGGAUGACUGUCAAUGUGCAGCAUGUUUGGAAUUCAGACACAGGACGUUAUCACACUUCUCUGCAGGGUGGAUCACCAUGACAGAAUUCAAGGUGUGUGACAGGUCAAGUGUCCUCUUCUUACACAUUUGGGUUGUGUUGAUGCAGUUUAACAUAAAAACCUCAUUUUAGGCUUAUCUUAAGGCUGAUUAUCCUCCUACUGAGUAUCAUCAGUAUACUGUUACGUUGUAAAAGGCAAAUUAAGAUUGUUGAAGAAGAGGCCCAUGUUUCGACCCACCCAAAGGCAGCCCUAUGGGGCUAACAUCUAUCCACAUAUUGACUCAUUUAAAAUAUCAAAACACCUUCAAAAGUUCACAAUAGAUUUAUUAUACCAAAAGACAAAAAAUGUAAUAUUUCAAAGAUUAACCAAAGAACAAAUUAACAGAUCAACUAAACACAAAGAACCCAAAACACAAAUGAGAGGCAGCAGCGCAGCAAGUCUCCACUAAAUUACUCUGCCUCUACUGCAGGCAGCUCUGGAGGCCUUUAAACCCUCCAAGAGCAUUCGAAGCUGACUUCCAAUCAGUGACUUCACCUGGGCAGAGCUAUGAAAGGCAAAAGGGGGGAAGAAAACACAAGCAUACAGCCGUAACACCCAUAUAUUUAAAUAUCAAAUAUUUUACUACCGAAGAUAUAAUGCAGAAAACAUUUCUGAAGAUGAUUGAAUUUUUGUGUCAUGCAUAUUAUCGUUUGUAUUUUUCAAUACUUGCAGUGCUGUUUGCAGUACAUGCAGGGAUCACAACAGAUCUGAAGGUGGUCUGCUCUAUGCCAGGUUUACAGUUUAUAAUAAUCUCUGAAGUAAAGUUAACUGAUUAAAAAGAAGCCCUUUUGUGGCUUUUGCAUAGUUAUAUCAAGGUAAAAGUAGUGCAGAGGCCAGUCUUCAUUUUAGUUGAAAUGUCUGCAAGUAUUGGGUAUCAUUGUUUCCAUCGAAUUCCAAAUUUUAUCAGCCUCACCAAAAAUCUAUAACCCAGAGCAGCAUUACAGAGUAACUGUGACUGAAUCCAAAGGCAGAAAAUGAAAGAAGUCUUUUUUUUUUGUUGUCUUGGUGUUACAACACCCAAGCCAAAGAAACAGAAUCAGUACUGAGAGAGAUAGUGGCAAAUUAACAUCUGUAUUAUAAUUUGGAAUUUUCUCUCUCUGAAAUUGACAUCUGUAAAAAUGUCUCAACAACUCCUAUUUGGGCCAAAUCCUACAUUAUUAGGGGUGGGGAUCACCAGUGGCCCAGCGAUACGAUUUUAAUUGCGAUUUUUAACAUUUUGCGUUACAGUGAGUUUUGCGAUACAAUAUAUUGCGAUAUAUACAAUUCUUUCAACUGUUUUAGCUAAUUUAGCAUUUGUCUUUCCUUUAUGUUGGUUUUAUUUACACAGUAUUUUGUUUUCAUGUAGCACAUCUUGCAAACCUCAUGUGUCAGGUGCAUCUCAAUUGUACUCCGCUUGCAUUCCGAAUGUCUUUCCCAUGGUGGCGCUAAAUUUGUUGCACUAACUUUCUCCUGCUCUAUGAUGUCACCUCUGCCAACCUCACUGGACAAACAGUUGAUUUUAUUUUUCCAUUAUCAUAGAUUUGACUUCAUAUUAACAAUUAAUUUGAUAAAAUCAAUACUUGGUAAAUGAGACGACACGAUACAUCACCAGACAAAAUAUUGCGAUACUAUGCUGUAUCGUUUUUUUUCUCCUACACCUAUGAUAUAUGCUUGAGUUUCUAGCAGCAAGCUGAGGUUAAUAAACUCUUCUGAACCAUGUGAUUGACUGGAACCCAAAUAUCUUCCUCUGUCAUUCUGUGGUGGUUGCAUGAGUUAUCUGUCACCUCCACUAAAACCUCCUGUCACUUCAAGUGGCCAGAAAGACAUUAGGUCUCUGAGACUUUUUGAGGCUUUGCAACACCUUUGUGUUUAUAUCUGUACUCUGUUACAUCUGCCAGACUGGUUCGUUAAGUCUUGGCACCAUGUAAGUAAGUACAAUUGUCAAAUCCUAUUUUGAGAUUGUGUGCUCAUGUGAUGGAGCACUCAAAGCAGACCAGAGUUAAAUAAUUGUUUUAAUACCGGCUGACUGCUUCUCAGGAAGCAUUUUUGUUACCAGUGACAAGUGCCAGGAAUAAUUUCAUCAGGUGUCUGAUUUGUGUAGUGCAACUAUACACACUAUACAUACAUACACAUUCAAAGUGUUUGUGUGGGUCCGUGUAGCAGGAGAGUGUAAAAUUUGUGCUGCUAUGUGACUUUGCAGGCUGACACCAAAUGUGGAUACCAUUUGUGCAAAGGCACAAUCAAUCAUUUUUAUUACAUUUAACAUGAUGUGCAAUAGUGACUUCAGAAACAACUUAUAAUUUAAAGUUUAUGUCGCGUAGGGCCAGUGCAUAACAAUAAAAACCUACUUUUGGCAGCACCAGGGGGAUCUUUUGCCUCCUGCAGUGAUUCCUCUUGUUUGCUGCCGUGAUUUUCUUUCAGCCCAUGAGCUGACGGAGCCCAUAGCUCGCUCCAUGAGCAAAGAGCUUUUUAAAUUCUUAAUGCUAGACCAAGUGACUCUGCUGGGUUGAUGAAUUUGUGGUAUAUUUAUAUAUUUAAAAGAAAAAAAAAAACUUUGUUAAAUUGAAAUGGCCCUGGGAGCGUGUGGAUGAUUCUGGUGAGUGUGUGUGUGCAUUUGUUGGUGUUUUGCUGGAGUGAGUGGGCUUUUUUUGAAAAAACGGGAUGUGUUCAUAUAAAACACUUGAUUGCAGGCGGCUUUUCACCUCACCUGUUCACCUCUUGAGUGGCCUGUGUUUAUGUAGCUGAGCUGUGAAGCUGUGAAAAGUAAACUUUUGUUGGAGUAAACCAGCUGCAGAGCUAUUUCACAUUAAACACUAAAACUCUGUUUCAUAAUAUAUGCCUUGAGCUGUAUUUAAUAACUUUUUGAUGAACUUGUUGAAUCUUUUUUUCUUCGAUGAAUUGAGGAGUAUUUCUCCAUGUUGAAAAUCACAUUCACAGGAAUCCAUAACAGGAUAUCUUUGUGACAUUGAAAAAAAAAGCCAGACUUGUAUGAAAAUGACAUUUCUUGUGAAGUUCACCAUCCAUGGUAAAUGAAAAUUUCUCUGCUUGAGGCUCUGUGUAACUUUAGACCUUGUCUCUUUCCAGCAGUCGUAUUGAGUAGUCACUCAGUCAUAAUUUCUUAUGGAAAUUCUAUUCCUCUGACAGUUAUUAUACGGACAGCACCUUAAACACAUUAUAGUGUAACCUAAUGUCUUUACAUUAAGAUAGCUUACUGACUUUUUCUCACCUUUGUCAUCUCUUAAAACAGUGAAACAGUAAUACUUCCACUCGCCAGAUUUCUGAGCUGCAGGAGCAUCCACAGUAUCAAAAUCUUCACCCCUAACAUGAGUGUUCACGAUUAUUUAGCCAGUGGUCUCUGCAGUUACCUUUUCCUUCUGUUCUGCUCCCUGACAGUUGGACAAACCAUGCUUUCGCCUGGAAGACCGACCGAUUCAUACUAUCACAGGCCCACGCACUUUCAGUCUCAGUAUACCCUAAUACUAGGGGUGUCCCAAUUAGGGAUGUGCCGAUAUACUAUUUAAUCCUGAUAUACGAUAUUAAACGACCGGGAUGAUUAGAUCGUAAGGUACUGUAAUAAUCGUCCCACAAUUAUAAUUUAAAGAUGAGUGGCAGCGUCACUCAGUGGAGGCGAGCGAAGCCGAGUAUUACCAACCUAACCCGCUUGUAGUCUUACCCACGGUGUCAAAGCCUUGGUAGCAAAAUGUACAAACAAACAAACCACCACAAAAGUAGUCCCAAAUCCAAAAAAACUCUUGAAUUAAGUACAUUAAUUCCAGCCUAACAUGCGUGGCCACCCACAAUGCAUUGCGGCCACUCAAAGAACUGUUGGAGCGUGUCCACAAUGCAUCCCAUUCGCUCAUUAGCUUCUUAAAAUGGAGGAGAUAUGAUCUGAUAUUUUAAAAAACACAAGUAUUGGAUCAUGACAUGUCAAAUGGAGCAGCAAACUUUCGGUCUGUUUUUAUGUCCCAAAAAUGCACAUACAGAGGCGUACUUGGGUACAUAAACUUUACAGUAAGCUGUCAAGGUAGAGAGCAUUAUAUUUUCGGGACUGCAAAUAUUCCGAAUCAGAGGGCUAUUGUUUUCAGCUUAUCUGAAUAGUCUGAAUGAAAUCAUUAAAGGCACAGGAUUUUGGUUCUUGAGAGAAAAAGCAGACGAAUUUUAAGAAGCAAUGUAUUGCUACUCAUCAAAGGGUUACUGCCUCUUUUAAGGUGUAAUUCUCAGUAUCAUGAAAAAGGUUCAAGGUGAAUUGAAUGAACAAACAGAAAUUUAAAAAAAAAAAACAGCAAAGGGCUUUUAGCUGAGCACAUUUGACUUUGCAAGGGGCUUUUAAGUGAGCACAUCUGACUUAUUAAAUGAAGCACAAUGUAGUUUAUCCGAGUGGACUUACCAUAGUGUGACGUCUUCAACAGGCGCUGGGCCCCGGGCUGAUCUGCCAGCCCGAGCACAUCUGGUAGAGUGCUGGUAUCUGAGAUUUUAGAUGCAGGCCAAUAUAAUUUAAUAUUCCUAUUUUUCGCUGAUAUGGGACCAAUAUCCCAUCCCAUAUCAAUAUCAGAUUGGGACAUCCCUAAUCUAAUACUGACAAUACAAUUACAUACCUGGAAAAAUAUAGAUACAGAAUAUUAAAAAAAUGUCUUUAGCUCACUCUCAAUUAUUCAGAGAAAUUUCAAAUUUAAGAAGGCUCUUAACCAGUAAAGAAAGAAAAUCUCUUAUCUGACAAUAAGGGUUCACAUGACAGCAAUGAUACAAAAUUCCAGGAGUGAGGAUCACUAUCAUUAUUUCAAUCAGGAGAAGAAAAAAAAAACACCCUGACCUUACACACUAUCCUUAGGUCAGGGUAGCUUUGAUCGUUGAAGAAAGUUACCUGAAAUAAACUUUUAUCUUUUGGAAAGAUCUCGUCAGUGGAACUGAAUAACCAACGACUGUUUCUGUGAUUGUUGCCCCAGGCUGCUUUCACACUAACCCUCACUGCAGUGGAAAUGCUGAGCGGCUAUUUCAGCAGAAGGCUUUAAGUAGGCUGCUUUUACAUGUACUGUGUUUGUUUAUGUCCUCCCUCUGACUAUAUUUGAGUAAAACAGCUUUUAGUGAGCCUUUCUUAUCAUAAAGGCUUUGAUAUGUAAAGAAACAGAAUAAUGAUGAGAGAGUGUGCAAUUGUGAUGUUGUUAUAACAAAGGCAAGUCUAGAGGGAAACUUUUUCCUAUUUCUUCUGACAAAAGGUGACAAGGUAGAUGGGCAAAUUAUAGAUUUAUAGUGUUAUCAGCUUUGUGAAAUACUUGAUCUCUCAGAACUCUGUGAAAAUGCUUUUUCACAGGCGGAUCAAAUAUGCAAGCAUACAGCACCCACCGGAUCCGAUCUGCUGCAGCAAGUGAAGGAGAAGUGCUUGCGAUAUUACCUAUAUUUCUCACGAGACUGGAUAAAAUCUCACGAGAUCAUGCGUGUUUCACCGUGAGACAUUGAAUGAGGUUGGCGGCGAAUAUACACACACAUCCCACAACCCCAGCCCCUCUCAUUAUCAUGUGAAGAACAGUUCAACGUAUUGACUUUAUUUCAUUUUGAAAAUAAACCAGAUUUUAUACUCUGUAGCCGAAUACAACUUCCGCUGCUGCUCGUGCUGUGCUGCACUGAGUUGAUGGGCUAUGCUGCGGCGGGCGGCAAAAAUACAAGCCUUGCGUAUCUGAUCCAACCUUCGGAGCCGAUCCACAGCAGAUCCAGAGGGCGGAUGGAUUGUGUUGAAUCACACACACUGAUUAUAAUGCUCACGUAUUUGAUCCGCCUGCCAUUCCGGAGCGCAGCACAGCCAUUACGGAUCCUGUGGGAUUUAGCCGUGACAGUGCAGCAUUGCUCGGACGACCUGAUCCCAUGUGUGGAUUCAUAAAUCUAUAGUCCAGCACAAGUCACCUCUGUUUGAAGAGUGAAGACACUGUGGCAAAAAUGUUAGUUUCUGUUUGUGUUCAAAAACAAACAAAAAAAAAACAGAAAAGGAUAUUUUUGAUUUAUUCUUUGAUUUAUUGGAGGAGCACUGAACUCUGAAAGGGAAGAAAACAGUGAGAGCGGUUACAACUGAUUCAACUUUGAAUGAAUGAAAAAUAGAAAUUUGACUGCAGUUAGUCUGAAAGCCUUUUUCCCUACAAAACUGCAACCAACCAUGAAAUCAGGAUGAUUUAAAGAGCUUUUUUUUUUCUUUUAUACCCCAUACUUCCUCUCUGAUAUCUCUUUAAAAGCUCCACAUGAUUUUCAUUAAAAGAGUCUUGUGUUUCUCACUCUGGUGUAUUAAAAUAUCAUUACUUCAGUCUGUGUCUGGAACGCUCUGUUUUAGCCGUUGUCUCUUUAAGGCUGUUCACAAAUUAUCAUUUUAUAACAGAAUACACUCCUAAUAAUCUUUCAGAUGAGAGGCAAACAAUCGUGUAUUUAAAGCAAAGAGAGCUGUUAUAUAAUCCAAGUCUCUGCUUGUUCUGAUCAUUAGUGCUAGAUAAGUUCGACAGCUAAGUUACUGAAUCCUCAGACAUGAACCCCUGACCUGAGGUGACUUGUCUCUGCUGUGAAAUCCACUCCCUGACAUGACCUCCGACCUUCAUAUAAGUCAGUCAACCAGACGAGUGCACCGCCUGAACUUGACCUUGUAGCACUGCUAGCAACAGAUUACCUGUAAUGAGUCCAGGUGGUGGUGAAAGAACUUUUAUUUAGCUACAGAGAGUGCAGAGCAAACCCUGGACUGAAACCAAAUGGAGCCUCUUUUGUUGUCUUCCUCAACGUGAUGACUAGCAGAGCAUGGCUAGCUGCUGCCAGGUUGAUUUUUGUUUGUUUUUAUGGUUCGAGAGAGAGGGGGAGUGAAAUGCCACACUGAUCCUCUGCUGGGUUGACCAUAUGCUUGGUGCAUGGCAAGCAUGCACACAAACACAUGCACACACAGCCUUAGAGGGGGUAACUAUUGGUUCCCCUAUUACUGUGUGAUAUAAACCUAUAUUAUUCUUUUCUCAUGGAGGAAAAUAAAACAUUGAAGCAGUGCUUUUUGAGGAGUCUUGCCUCUCAUUAGAAGAUAAAUCAACCGUUUAUACAUUUUCAACUUGUUGUUUUCUUCCUUGGUCAAAAUUUGGCUCAUUUGUUUUUAAUUCAAAAGUACUGUUGCUUUUGGGGACAAGUGUGCUUUUAUUAUAAAACAUCCAGGGUGUCAUCAACCAUGUUACCUAAAUCAACUCUCCCAGGUUCUCUGUCAGUCAUCUGUGACUCAUCUUGUAAAAUAGUAAGAAUGAGAAGUGAAGCUGCAGUUACGCAGCUGUGAUAUGAUCAGUGAGCUCAUCAGCGGACUCUCACCAAAGUAAACCAUAUUCACUUAACUCUCUUUUAUCACCAUUCAUUCAGGCACUUGUCAAGUGUCAGAGAGUAAUUCAUUGUGCUGGUGUCAUGUGUGAUGUUGGACUAACUUCAGGAGGUCUUCAUCUGUCUUUAUGUACUUCUAGCUGCUUGGACUGGUGUUUUCAGGGACUUGUAAUCAAAACCAAGAAGUCCUCAGCCCUCUCAACCAGACGCCGGUAUGCUUCAGUCAGUCACAACAGCCAGUCAAGUCAAGUCAGGCUGUUUGUUGUUGCCACUGACAGUGGCACUGAGCUGCAUGAGUCAUCUCUGCUCUGUCUGCUGACUGAAGACAUACUGUCUCCGCUCUGUGCUUACAGUCUCUUCUUCUUCUGUUCUCUGUGACGCUCUUUGUAUCUGCUCCCUUCUUUCAUAACUCGGUGUUGUUGUGUCUGUAGUUCUUCCCUCGUGUCAGUUCUUCUUUACUGGAUCUUCCUGUUAGACUGAGGAACAAACUUAUCAUCCUCUUAGUCACAACAAAUAAAAACUAUGUUUCUGUCUUUUGUUAUUACCAAUUCAUCUCUUUCUGUCUGAUUGUUUAUACGGAUUUUCUUAAACCUUUUGGUUUUUAUUAUUAUUUUAUUGUCUCUUGUUAAUGCUGUCACUGCCUAUGCUGAGUGUGCAUUUCAGGCAGCACGUCAUUCACUUAUAGAUCACAAAAAACUUCAACGGAAUCAACGACAGUGGUGCAAGCCUUCCUUUAUUUGAAGCUAAACUUCCUACUGUUACUGCAGAGUUGUUUUAGUUCCUAAGGUCCUUUCUAUAUUCAAUGAGGAAUAAGAGAUCAAAUGGGCACAUGGCAGUUCAUGGCUGCUUCCACAGAGCUAGAGUGCUCUCCUACCUGGAUGUAAACAAGCACAGAUGAUUUUAUUUUGAUGGGCUGAUACCAAUCAUGAUUGUUGGUAAUCAAGGAAACUGCUAACUGUAAUUUAGAACCAAUAUUAUUUUGUUGUAAAAAUGUAUAUUUUUGCCUUAUUUUGAAACACAUGCUUUUAUUUUGAAAUUAGAAAAGAACCGGAGGUUGCGCAUGCUAGUUCCGUAUGCUUCACAAAGACUGAGGAGCACCUCUAGCAGCGGUGUUACCUGCUGGUUUUUUUCUUUUUUAUAUAUUUUUCCAUGCUUCCUGGUGGUGUGUGUUAUGACUGUGGGCAUGUGAUUUUAUGACAAGUGUAUUUUUGACUGUGCAGAUUGUCUCUGGGGAAAGACUUGUAUGUUGGCUGAGAAGCAGUGAUCUCUGUAUUGGCUACAGUGCUAAACAAUGCUAUUUUAUGUCACUUACAAAAGUGAAAGCAACAGCAGUCUCACAUCCAAUCAGGGGUGGCUCCCUCGAUGCAAAGCUGCAUCUAUGGUGUUGAUUGGCUGUCUGUGUAGCCAAUCAGUGGAGACUGUAAAUACAACAUAGGCUGUGUCCGAAAUGAAUCACUCAAUCCCUAACCCCAUACCCCUAACCCCCAUAUGGGCUUUCACUGUAUAGCUGACUAUGUAGUGAGCUCAAUCACCGGAGGUUUCAGACACUACAUGGUGCACCUCCAUCUUUGAAUUACCGCUGGAGACGCAAUGCAUGACGGGAUGCCCACAACCAGUGAGUGACCAUCGGAUGGUCACUACAUUUUGCAGUGCUCUAUGGGAAAUUAUGAGUCAUCUACGUGGGGCAGUGGAAUUGAUCACUCGGGUUUCGCACCCCUCAAAAUGGCGCUAACCCCCAUAUAGUCGCUUAUAGGGGUUAGGGAUCCAUUUCGGACACAGCCAUUGUUACACAGCCAAGAGGGGUGACUUCAGGCAGAGGGAGGCGGCUGUAUAAGAGCGGAACAAGUGUUUUUUGAAAUAAAUGUAUUAAAUUGGCUUUCUGUUAAAACUGGUGUUACUAGACUGGAGCUCACUGCUUGCUGUUUCCAAAGUCGUGCUUCUAGACAAGCCACUUAGUUGUAAUUAGAAUUUCCAUUCAAAUGAGCAGGAAAGUAAGUGCCUUUAUAACAUCUCUGUAAUGUUUUUUUUUUUUCAAUGAUAUAAUCUAUAAUCUGAUACAAUAAUAGAAUUUGAAGAAUAACUCAAGUUUAAAUGCUGUUGAUGUUCUUGUAACACAUGGACCCUCUAGUUCACCUCCACUCAAAGUGAACAGACAAGAAUAUUUCUGUUUGUCUCUCUGAUGUUGGAUAAAUAUACCUGUGAGCCAGUAUGAGUGCAGAUAGGGGCGCUUCUGUCAGUCCCUCCAUCGAAACCAGAGAUAAUGACACCAUAGUAUCAGUAAAUACAGUACAUCCAGAUCAUGGGUAAAACCAUCCUCUCACACAAUGUGUCCUUCCCUCACAGUCAUACUUUGCGCCUUCUUGGCCUGAGAGAAACAAGCACUUCGUGUCUCCUCUGAAAGGCCAUCUUUUAUUCAUGUAUGUUUCAUAUAGAAUUCAUCAUCUGCACAACCAGCUCUGCCGCUUCAUAUAAACACAGCUAACUAUUUAUAAAAAAUCUUGCUGCCCUCUCUUUUUUUUUUUUUCUACAAAUACCAGCUUUUCAGGAACACAGGAAAACUGUCUUCAUUUCCUGUUGUGUCAUCUCGACUACUGUGAGUUUGCAUUUGAAUGAGGGUGAAUUGGCUCUGCAGGAAUUCUGCUGGUUUGACCAGAAAAUACUAUCGGACUGGUGCUGGUGCAUCAGGCUGUAGAUGCUUUGACCAAUGACUUAUUUGUCAUAUGAUUAUGGAAAUGUUGACGGGUUUUGUAAUUGUAUGUGUGUUGUAUGUAGUGCUGCUUCUUCUAAUCUUGGCCAUGACACUUGUUAAUCUUGAUGAGGCUUGCCUGAUUAAAAAUAAUAAUAAUAACACAGUAUUCAGAAAUGUCAAGUCAACCUCUAUUUUUAUAGCACAUUUAUAAACAACCAAUGAUAAUAAUUAGUGGAAAAUGUCAUGCAUAAAAAAAUCCUAACCUCACCUAAAUUGUAACCCUGAUCCAACCUCAGUGGUGGACAUAAUAGUAACUUGAAUAAAGCAGCAGGAGAGGUUCAUCAUCUGACACACUGAGCAGCAGCUGAAAUGUUGAGCAUGAUGUGAUAGGGAUUUGCGAUUGCAAUGUCUCACAAAUGGAUUAACACUUCUUUCUAAAAAGUAUGAAGUUACAAUUUUCCUGUAGUGUUGGUGAUGCUUCCAUGCAUGUCUCCCAGCAUCACUUGUACCAGGGAUACACAGCUGUAUUUAUUUGCUUACACGUUUAAUUUGCAGGAAAAAGAUUGUCUUGGUUGUUUUUUGUCUCUAGAAAGAGUAAUCACUGAAAAAGGAUAUGCAAAAUAAGAGAUUUCUUGACAGGAGAAAUUUGGGGUGUUUCCUGAAUCACAGCAAUGUGAACUUUUUGGAACAAUCUCAUGCCGUAUUUGGUGUUAUGUAUGAAGUUGUUUCCUCUCAGCUGAUGAAAGCAUGCCUGAUUCCCACUGGAUCUUUUGCAUCAUUGUGCUUUGCAGUUGACUCCUACAGUGCUACACUGUCUGCCCAGUUUCUGUGUAAUGCCCCUUUAAACUGUUUCAUUGUUGAAUCUUGGAUGUAAACUGAAUGACCUCUCAUGACCCACUUCCUCUUCUUUUCUCUCCUUUAGGCUCGUAACGUAAACACAGGAGAGCUGGCUGCUAUCAAAGUCAUCAAACUUGAACCAGGUGAGUUUGCUCAUCUUUCUUUCUAUUUAUUCCAUUAUUCUAUCAUUUUCUUUUCAUCCUUAUAGUUUAUCCCAAUAGUUAACACACACAAACCUCUUUACUCUGAUUCUUCUCUUGACCUUUUGACCCAUCUUUUUCUCCCAUGCAUUAUUUGUCCACUCUUCUGCCUCUCCUUCCGUUUCCACUCUCUACAUCCUGUGUAAAGAAAAGAAAAAACAGUUCAGGGUUUCCCCUACAUGCAAUUGAUCGUAGUGCACCACCACGGCUUAAUAAAAGCCGCCACCCCUAAAAAAAAUUAGUUUUUAUCUCACAUUGUUCUACCUUGAACUCAUAUGUAUCAGCAGUGUUUCCCCCUACAUUCAUUCAGCAGCAGUGCAUCACCGCUGCUAAAUUACAUGCGCCGCUACUGAAAUUCCACAUGAUCAUUUAAUAUCAAUGCAGCACUAAUGAUUUCUACUCGCACCAUGUGAGCACAACAACACACAACGUUAUAUCCGACUUGUUGUGAGUCAUCAAGGAGCGCAUCAAAUCCUGUCGGACCCUCUUCUAUCAACGUGAAAGGUAACGCUCAAGCUUAUACACGGUCUGUAUAGCGAGUAGCGCGGGUAACGUAAUGUGAAUGAAACAGCGCAGCUCCUGGAGCGGCAAGAGAGUGGGGGUACUAAUGACCCCCCCUCCCCAACACACACCGCUGCUGCUGAAAAAAUUCUAGGAGAAACACUGCAGUUAUUAGGAGAUACAGAGUGUAACAGUGUUUUGUCUGACACAUUUAUACUCAUGAGUACACAGACGUCCUUUCUCAUCUGUUGCUUCUUUUUGGUUUGAAUUUCUUUUUUACUUCAGGUGAAGACUUUGCUGUUGUCCAGCAGGAGAUUAUAAUGAUGAAGGACUGUAAACACUCCAACAUUGUAGCCUAUUUUGGCAGUUAUCUCCGGUAAGAGUCUUUCAGUAGCUUAAUAAAAUGCUUGUAAGUGCAAUGAAAGUGUGUGUCAUGAAAGCGUCAUACUAAAGCGUGUAUGUGUGUGUGACUGGAAGAGAAAAGUUGAGCUUGUGUUUUAGAGAAGGAAACUUUUUUCCUGCAAUAUUUGUCCUGACUCAGAGUUUUUUGUGUGCAGGAGAGAUAAGUUAUGGAUCAGUAUGGAGUACUGCGGGGGAGGUUCUCUUCAGGAUAUCUAUCAUGGUGAGAACAACAUGCACCGUCACACACUGUAACACACAUUAUUUGUUUUUAGUAACAGUGUAUGCUUCUUUUUUCACACAUGUCUGCCUCUCUUCCUCUGUAUCCCCUGUCUCUUUCUUCCCUCUUUAGUAACCGGGCCUUUGUCAGAGUCACAGAUAGCCUACAUGUCACGGGAGACCCUGCAGGUAACAUAUUUGCUUUUAUUUAUGGUCGGUGUUAACAUGCUUUGCAAUUUUCAAUAACAGGGAUGUAGUGGUACUAGGGGUGUGCGAUCUGACGAUCUUAGAUUGUGAAGAUCUGCCAAAGCACAGAGACCGUAGAACCGACUGUAGUGCGCAUUGUAUCCCUAACGUGUCUAAAUAAAUUUCGUGAUAAAAUCAUGAUCAUGAUUUUGCAAAUGACAUGAUGUGAAAUUUCUUCCAUAUCACCCACCCCUAAGUGGUAUCAUCAAUAUCACAAUAAUGUGUAUUGAUACAGUUGUGGACCUGUGAUGGUAUCAAAUAAAAAGUCUUUAAGGCAAAAAGGUGUAGUUUGUUUCAGCCACAGUGGAGAAGAGUGGGGGAGAUAAAGAAGCUGGAGAGGCCAUCGCCUCAUGAGUACCCAUCAUUCUUUGCACUCUGUUUGCUGCUUAUGAUUUUAUAUAGCAGAAAUAGCGUUCACUGGUGUUAGUGGUGAGGAACAGAGAUGAUUAACAAACCCCAGUGGUUUUUAAACCUGACAUACAAAAGCACGGUUGUGUCACAGUGUCAAGAUAGUAGAAAGAAAAAAAAGGACAGAUAAACAACUACAACUUCUACUUUGAGCCACAUCUAAAUCAAAUUGCCAGUGCACGAAUAUGCAUCACACAGCAUAGCAUUGAAAAAAGUCAGUAUUGUACAUCGGAGCCUGUCAUUAAGCGGAUGCACAGAUCUUCCAGCUCUUCAAUAUUUAAGAUCUAAGCUCUUUCUGUCUGUCUGUCUGUCUGUCUGUCUGUCUGUCUGUCAAUGCUGUGUUGUUAUGUUGAUCAUAUGACCUUAUCUCCACAAAAACAGCCAAUAAAAGCAGCGGCUUGUGAUUGUGUUUGCAGGGUUUGUACUACUUACACAACAAAGGCAAAAUGCACAGAGACAUCAAGGUGAGUAAACAUGACCUACGAAAAAGUCUGAUUCUUGAAGCUUAAGUCAGAUCUGCUGUUUGUAACUCCCUCAUUUGUUGACCUCUUUUUGGAGAAGCUGACCUGGAAAGCUCAAGAUUUAGGUUUUGUCUACAGUCAGUUCAGCAAUCAUAGCUGUCAAAUACUGCUGCUGUUCAGUUCAAUCAGUAUGCGAUUAUUUCACAGCGAUACACUAUAUUUCAGGAGUGUUGUGUCAGACAUUUUGGCAGCAUGUUGUAAUAUUACAAAGAAUCAAUCACAUCAAACUACUAAAUGAUCACUUUAUUCGUGUAACUUGAAAAAGGCAGUCAGUUAUCUCAUUGAACAGAUGACAGACAAAUAAUCAUGAAUUCAAAGCUGCUGGCUGCAGUGAUCGUACCAACCACAUGAAAACAAAAUCAUGCUCACAAACUUCAUCUUGUUUUCUGAUUCUUGGCGUGUUUGUCUCUGACAGGGAGCCAACAUCCUCCUGACAGACAACGGCUAUGUUAAACUAGGUGAGAGGAACACACAACACUCUACUUUCCAUACAAUCUUCUUAUACUUUUUGUAUUCUACUCCCACAUCAAACUCCUCCUCAUUUUUUCUCCUCCUCCUCAUCACACCAUAGCUGACUUCGGUGUAUCGGCCCAGAUCACAGCGACCUUAGCCAAGAGGAAGUCCUUUAUUGGAACUCCAUACUGGUUAGUUCUGUUUGCUGAUCUCGAUUGGCAUGUGGAUAUUCAUGUUUAUCAUGUAUUUUAUCUAUUUGUUUAACAAAGCAGUCUUGAUAAAUUGUGUUACGGUCGGCUUAUUCACCUCUUUGUAAUGCUCAGUAAUCCAAAAAUGAAAGACCGGAUAGAGUAGCUAUUUAUUUAGAAUGACUAAGUAGUUCAUGAAAAAUGUGUGCCUCAUUCUUCUGUAUUUCUUUUCAUGCCCUCCUCCGUCUCUUUUGCCGUCUGUCUGACUCUCUCCACCUCUCGCCCUCUCUCUCCACAGGAUGGCUCCAGAGGUCGCAGCGGUGGAGAGGAAAGGAGGCUACAACCAGCUGUGUGAUAUCUGGGCUGUGGGCAUCACUGCAAUAGAGCUGGCUGAACUGCAGCCACCCAUGUUUGACCUGCACCCCAUGAGGUAGGCAGAGGAAUGUGUGCUGAGUAGGAAAUCAUGAUGAAGUGAAGCAGUCUGUCAGUGUGUGUGUGUGUGUGUUACUCAAAGUGAGUUCAGUAUGAGAGAGUCCAGGAGUCUGUUUGGGUAGUACCUUUGUUUGGAUCUGGUCAGCAGAUUUCACAGGUUGAAGUUGUUCUUUCAUUUUUCCAUAGGGCUCUCUUCUUAAUGACCAAGAGUAACUUCCAGCCUCCGAAGUUGAAAGAUAAACUCAAGUGGUAAGACAAAGACCUGCUCACUAUAGUAGAGUGUCUUUUCUGUGUGUAAAUACUAAGAUUCACCUUGAUGCUAGGCUCUGCUUUUUGAGAUUCAUCAAACUCUGUUCACAUAGCCACUCGUGAUUUUUUUUGUCUUUUUCUGUUUCUGCCUCUUUACUGGACAACAGGACAAAUAACUUCCAUCAUUUCGUGAAACUGGCCCUCACCAAGAAUCCAAAGAAGAGGCCCACAGCCGAGAAACUGCUGCAGGUGAGCAAUGAAGGUUUAAGAGUCUGAUGGGGCGUUCACACCAAGCACGUGUAAAAUCAUCUACUCGCUUAAUUUGCGCAAAUCUAUAUGCGUGACUGAAUGCGCUAUAUUCGCGCGUCAACGGUAAUUUCAACAGUAAUCCCUGCAAAUUCAACCGGCGGGAUCAAGUGAUAGACAAAGGUUUUUUACAGUUUACCAGGUAAUUUGACCUCCUCACUCACUUGCCUCCAGGCGAGCUCCUUUUUAUUCUGAUUUCGGUAAUUUGAAGAAAAGGAAUCAUAUAAUUUGGGGCACACACCAGUGGACAACCGUCCGUUUUCAUACAUCACCCAGCAACCUUCGUGCUGAUUAGUUAUCGUGACGUGAAUAUCCGCUCAAGUUGAGACAUUUUCAGCUCCCGCCCAAUUUGCGUCAUUCGCGCCACUAGAGUAGUACGAGUGUCUAAUCACGUCUUUAAAUCGUCUUAACAUGUAGUUCAGUCGUGCGAAUGAUUUUACUCGAGCUUGGUGUGUGGAGACAGUGAGAGUGAGUGACUAGAUAUUUCCACCUCUUUUUUAUUUGAGCAGAUAUUCAUAGUUUAGAGAGACCUGUAAAAGGCAAAGAUGUGGUGAAUCAAUGAUAACCUAAAAUAACUUUUUCCAGAUCAUUUUAUUUUGUCAAUAAUUUCUUUUAAAGUAAGGCAGGGUAAUAAUCUGAUUGUGUUUGUAGAAAAAUACAAAAAAAGGGGGACAGUAAGUGACUCUUCCACAUCUUUUUGAAUCCUCCUCUGUCUCUCUUUACCUCCCUCUAGCACCCGUUUGUGUCGCAGCCUCUCAGCAGGACGCUGGCUAUUGAGCUGCUGGACAAAGCCAACAACCCUGACCACAGCACCUUCAAUGACUUUGAUGAUGAUGACCCUGAACCAGAGGUAACCUUUGACCCUCUGGGGCUUUGCUUUCAAAACAAAAUCAAACUUGUAGACCUGUUAACACACCAGUGACACUGUUUUGCAGGGUCUCGCUACUCUCUCCCAUUUUUUUCAUGAAAUUCCUCUUCAGUUCCUGUUCACCCUCCUCAGGCUCAGUUCCUAUUUGCUCUGGCACUUAUGACUCAUCUGUCUGCUCUUUGUCCUUCUUUUUCUUUCCUCUCGCCUUCUUUGGCCCCAAUUUUUUUUUCCUGUUCACUCCUGGGCUUUCAACUUCUCUUCACCUUCUUUCCUCCUCAUAGCACUUCCCCUUACUCUCUUACCUUUCUUUCUCCUUCUUUCUCCCUUCUCUUUUACUCUCCUGUCCUCUUGUCUCCACUAUCUAUCCACUACCUCCUCCCUAGUUUAAGUACAGGGGUCAUUUCCUACCCAUAAGCCCAGGUGCUCGACGUGCACCCCGUUUCGCAGCCCGCAGGAAGGUACCAGUUUGGGCUGCGGUGUCUGAAGUGAUGUUAUUCUAACACAAACAAAGCUAUCAGUGUGUAUUUUUUGUUUAUUUCAGCACCACAGAUCGGGAUGAAAGACAAUAAUGCUAACGAUAUUUAUCCAAAAUUAAUUUCCCUCAAUAUCAAUAUAAAACAUGAUCAAUAUGCUUUUUUAUAACCAGCAUUCUGCCAUGAUUUGGUAGAUUAUACAAAUAGCCAAUGAAAAGGGGAGUUGCUCUGGGUCUGCUUCGCACUGAACCAAUCGUGCUGAAUUUAGAACCAAGUAGCAAACAACUGCGUAGUAGUAGGCUGCAGCUACACACAACCAUAGCACUUUGACACAUAAAGCUGACUCCUCUAUCGGUGAGAAAAAAAAUAAAAUGAGUGCUACCAAAAUGCAGAUGAAGGCUGAACAGAUGAUGACAUGGUCGACAACACACAAAAACAUUGGUGGGGUGGAGGUAUUUUGUUUUUUUGAUGUCGGACAUGAUUAAUGUGCGUUGUAAAUUAUGUAAAGUAUAUGUUCUCUCAAAGUCAAAGUCUCUCAAAUCUUUUUCACCACCUGAAGCAGUGCCAUGCAGCAGAGCAGGCACAGCCCAAAAGGUUACAAACUUUGAGCGGAGCAAGGAGCCCAUGGCACCUGUGCAGCUGAAACAGCCGACCGUUCUGCUUUCUCUAGCGCAACGCCUUAUGACAAAAUGUCUUUUUAUUAUUGUGAUAUGUAUCGAUAUCAACUAAUAUGAAAAAUAUAUAUCCUGAUAAACUUUUUCCCAUAUCACCCGGCCCUACCUUUGCGUCAAGUAUCUUUUCGUGACAUCAGUGUCUCAGUCACGUCUGCCAAUCUUUAACUACUAGAUUGAAGCAGCACUUUCAUAUUGUGAGUCUGUAACAGCAGCGUAACAAAGCUCCGCAAUCAUCAUGCCUUCAUAAUUUCAUAUUGAUCCUGCAGUGAUGUGAGAGUGGUGUCAUAGGAGUGUGUUGCAGUCUGACACUGCAGAAGCAUGAGAACUUUACAUAUGCACAUACACAGACAGCACUGUUCAGUCUUGUCUGCUCUGAUAACGACAAGCGACUCCACAUCAGCUCUGUUAUGCCUCUGUAACGACCUCUGAUGCUGGCACAACAAUAAGACGACUUGAUCCCUCUGUUUGGCCUUUGUGACAUGCAUAUUGAAGGUGUAAAUAUCACACAACAUUAAAAGGGUUAGGAUGGGUAAUGUUUUUCAUGCAGCCUCGAUGAAGAUCAUUUUCAUGUCUCCAUUUAGCAGUUUAAAAUCAUAGGGGGGUCAAAUAAGGGGGUUUUGGGAGCCAUCUUCAUCAUCCUUCCCCAUGAGAGUAACUAAUUAUGAGAUUUGUUUUAUUGUUUUGAAAUUCAACCACAUAUUUUAAACAGUUUGACUCCACAUUGACAAAAAAAUAAGUGUCUCAGUAAAAGAAAUGGUGCAUUUUUGUGUAGUCUUGUUUUGUCUGUUCCCAGUGCUUUGCAGGCAUGGUUUGAUGUUGCUGUGUUGAUAGUUUUUCUACAGGGAUGAGUUUGGAUUGUUCAGAGUUGAUUAUUUGUGAAUGUGUGGUUCUGCUGCGCAAACAUUAACACAAUUGCUAUGAAAUAAUGUGAACCCACUUUCGUAAAAGGAAACUUCCUACUUACUGGCAAAACUGUACAGUAGUUGCUUCAGUCAGUGUAUGAGGGCGUUAAAGAGAUAUUUCUGCGUAAAUUUAAGUUAGGGUCAAACAAACUGUAACACCGAGUUAGACACCCCCUCGUGAGAUGAAUGUUUCCGACUGCUUACUUCGCUAGUCAUACCAACUUAAGUAACGACCGCACAAUAGCAAUACACAGCGGUCUACGUCGCCACACAGAAACCUCAGCUAAAAAGCCACUCUAUAGCCACAAAUAAUGCUCAGAACAGCACCUAACUUCAUCAACAGUACAUACAGGGUCCCAGCCAUAGUACUAGUCAUCAAACAUCUUUUUAGCUUUGCCUAAUUUCUUUAGCCAAGAGACUAAACACAACUCACCCACUCUCCUCCAGCAGCCACUUGUUUAUGGGGGAGCCCUGACGAGUCAAUCAUCGAGUGCUGCGGGUCAUUUCCAUAAAAAGUAACCAUCAUAAUAAUAAUUUUGCACUGCAGACGUGAUAGUUCUUCUGCAUUUGCGUCUCGCUUUGAUUGUUCUCCAUAAAGUAAUGCAUAUAAAUGUUCUUUGAGCUGCAAAAACACUGCACUUACUGAUUGACUCAUCAGGGCUCCCCCACAAACAAGCAGCUGCUGGAGUUGUGUUUGGUCUCUUUGUUCAAGAAACCAGGCAAAGCUAAAAAGAUGUUUGUACUAACAUAGAUACUAGUACUACGGCUGGGACCCUAUAUGUCCUGUUGAUGAAGUUAGGAGCUGUUCUGAUCAUUAUUUGUGGCUAUAGAGUGGCUCUUUUGGUUGAGGUUGGUUUGUGAGUGGAGACGUAGACCGCUGUGUAUCGCUAUCGUGCGGUCGUUACUAAAGUUGGUAUAACUAGAGAAGCAAGCAGUCGGCAAUAUUCAUCUCACGAGGGGAUGUCUAACUCGGUGUUACAGUGUGUUUGACCCUAACCUAAAUUUACGCCAGAAUAUCCCUUUUAGGAAACUUCUUACAUACUGGCAAAACUGUACAGUAGUUGCUUCAGUCAGUGUAUGAGGGUAUUAAGACAAAGCAUUAACACAGCCUGAGUUGGAGAGUAGUUGAGUGGGUAUUGUGUGAUGCCAAGGUUGUGUUUUCCAUUGACUGUGUUGCUGUGUUUUGAUAGUUUGCAGAGUGUGGCUGCCUGUUUUUGCUGUGUCAUCAAAUCCUAGCAACAGGAAAUAGCAGAAGAAUCAGAUUUUUUUUAAACCUUCUGCAAUCUUUUCUUACUCUUUGUAAACUUCAACAGCAUGUGUAUUCUUUAAACGUCUCACUGAUUGUGUGUGUUUUUCUUUUUCCUGAUAGUCUCCAGUCUCUGUUCCUCAUCGUAUUCGUUCCACCAGCAGGAGCGCCAGGGAGGGGAAGACGCUAUCGGAGAUUAACUGUGAGCUCAAACACUGAGUUUCAAACAUUGAACACCAUAGAGGAGAUGGAAAUGCGUCUCUCUGGACUGAUUUUUCUAAUUGUAUUUUGUGUUUUACUGCUUCUGCUUCUUCUCCCUCAUACUCUCACUUUGUCCUCCACAGUUGGUCAGGUCAAGUUUGAUCCUCCGUUAAGAAAGGAAACAGAGCCUCAUCAUGAGCCGGUGAGUUAUUGGCUGUUGUUCAUAUAUGUGUGUGUGCGUACGUCUGUUUGGUUGGGUCACUCCAUCAGAACCAGCAUGGUAGAUCUUCUCUGACCACAGGAAGCACAACCACCAAUCACUGUUUUUGUUCAGCUACACUGAUAGAUAGAUAGGAAGUUCACAAAGUGUACUGUGGUGGUUAAGUAAUGUCAAGCCUUUAGUAGCCAAGGUAGAAAAAUCUACUGACCUGUUGCAUUCAAAUGUGCGACACUGCUUGCUUUUCUUCCUUUGGUGAAUGACCUGAAUCUGAUUUCUCCUUUUGAGGUCAUGGUGGCUGUUUUUUAGUGAGGAGCUUAGGUGCCUGAAGGGAGUUCAGAGUAAAACCUGCUUUUUUUUUGCCUUGAAUUAUGAACAAACUGGUUUCAUGCAGAUCAGGGAAGAUCAUUUGAUAGACAUACAUCGUUCUGACUCACCUAGCACAGAAAGCCUCAGGAAACCUGUUCAUAGACAACACGGGUGGGAAGUAGGGAUGAGCGAUAUGGGCUUAAAAAAUUUGUCACAAUAAGAUUUGCAAUUUUGGUGAUAAGGAUAAAAGUCUGAUAAAAAAUGUUCUAAUUACAAUCUAUUUUUUUCGCUCACGCUUGUGUCAUCAACUUGUAUUUAUCAUAUUUAUCAUGAGAUGGCAAAUAUUUAUCAUGGAGGAUUUUUCUGACGAUACACCGUGAAUGAUAAUUUAUCACCCAGCCCUAGUGGGAAGAUCAAUGGCUUAAUCAUCAUUUUGGGCCCACAACCAAUAUGACUCAGACCUGGAGAUUAGCAGUGGAAAGUACGGACACCAAGUAGCCCUACAAACACUAGCUGUCAGGCCUUUUAAAAUCAGCAUAUGUGUUUCAGAUUUGACAGAAAUCCUAGAAAAUUGUAAAAAUUUUGGCUUCAUUUUUUUUGUCUUAUGUUUGUGUAGAAACCUCUCAAUGAGUUUAUCUGUUAAGAGAGGUGUGGAAUAGGAUAGUUCAGGUUUUAUUCACAGCCACAGCAUAAAAAUAAGACCCCGCUUCCUCACGUCCUUCAACUUUUUUUUUCUUUCUUUUGCACUUGCACCUUCUCCACAAAUCCACUUUGUUAUUUUUCUUCCCUUCACAAUAUCUAAGCUCAUAUCCCUCUAUAUUUCUUCUCUCCCACUUUAUAUUGAUCUUUAAACUGAAGCACAGUUACAGACAUCUCUGUCAACCUUGAGGUGACAUUCAUCUGCAUUCAUCCCUUUCGCCCUUCAGUGUCCAUCCUCUCCUACAAGUAAUAUACUACCUUGGGGUCUGUUUUGCUGACCAGAUUUUUAUGUAGGAAUGCAGUGCAACUCUGUGUUUAGACCUGAGAUAGUGCUAAAACAUCACUGUGUUAAUCAGUACAAACUGUGUUUUCAUGUGAAUUUUGGAGGUUAAAGUUACUUCGAGCAGGUUUGAUAUAGUUUUAUGACUUACUAAGGAACAAACCCACCUAUAAAGACACUCUAAAGCCUGGAUUAAAGUAAUGUGGGAUCUUGUAGUAAAAGACAUACUGCCAAGUGGAAAAUGGUUGCUGCUCGAAUAUAUCUCUUUUGUCACUUUUGAUAUUUUAUUGUUAUCUCUUGUCUCUCCUCUUCAGUUUUGCUGAUUUGAACCCCCCACCUUCUCCAUUUUACUCCAUCCCUCCCCACAGCCUGCCCCCCCUCCCCAUUCAUCACCUCUCCUCUUCAGAUUAAUAUUGCAGUAUCUCCUCCUUCUCUAUCUUGCUGAGCCACAGACUUAAGAGCCCAUUUUGGCCUUAAUCCAUUUUUCAUCAAUCACCCGUGUCUCCACUCCUCCUCCUCCCUGUUCCCUCCAUCAGUCCAGGUUAAUGUAUUAACUGAGGUCUCUCUCGCUCUGUCUUGCUGACCAGUGUGAAUCUGAGCCCUAUCUGGACUGUGUUGAGGAGCUCUACUAUACCGCCAGAUCUAAUAUGGUAGUACUCUUUCUAUCUGCCCUCUGUCUCUCUCUACCUCUCCACCUCUCUCUCUUUUGGCCUCUAUCUCUGUCCUCCUGCUCUGGCCUUUUCAAUUUUCAGUCUGUCUACAUUUUUAUGACCUCUGCCUUCUUUUUUUUAUACCGCCGUCUUAGUCUGUCCAUGUUUCUCUUUAAUCCUUAAUUUCAUCCUGAAGGACAAUUCCUGGUCCUUCUUUUUGCGCUAUUGGUUUUCAAACCCUGGCUGUCUCUUAAUUUUAUUUCUUCAUUUUCUAGAGUGCUGAUUGUUUUGGCUGCUCAGUGUCUGACGUGUAUUUUUGUUCAUUUUUCACAGUUUUGUCCCAUCUAUUCUGGUCCACCCAUCUGUCUCUGUCCAUUUUUAGUAUACAUCUUUUUCCAGCCUUGGCUUUUGCCUCACUAACUGGUGUUGUAGUUGUCAUGGUGAUAAGGGUCCUUGGUGAUGUUGGUGUUCUUUUGUUGUUGUCAGACACACACACACACACACACACACACACACACACAAUACCAUAGACUGUAUAUACUAUGGACAACUUGGUUCCGCCUACCGCCUGUAUAUGGAUUUGAAGCCAAAAAGCUCUCAGUAAUUCCGGGAUCUUUCUUCAUUUCCUGAAACCAGUUCUGCGCAGUAACAAUGCGCGCAUUCUCCCCCGGGAGAGCUACGCAAUUCCUGAACGCCCAUAGGCUGUAUCAGGUGUCAAUCAUAAAAAACAUGAACCCCCUGAUAACUUUUAAAAACAGAGCUUCACAGAAAAAAAGAGGACUUGAGCACAAACCAGUCUUACAAUAACUACAUGUCAACACCGCAAGCAAGGGGGAGAAAAAUUUAUGUUCUGUGUAAUAAAUUUCUAAAGUUUGUCCACGACUCUACAAGCUUUGCUAGUGGAGGCGGGAUUUAUGACCUAUACUGCAGCCCAUCAACAGAGGGUGCUGUUCUCGGAGUGGCUUCACCCAGCAAGGAGGUAGACUCUGUCCAUUCUUUAUACAGUCUAUGCACAAUACACACUUUAAGACCAACACCCAUGAAAUGAAAACCCAUCUAUUAGCCUAGCUUUGUAUGAUAAAUAUCAAACUUAUCAGUGCCUUGCUCAAAAACCUCUAACCUCUUAUGUCUGACAGUUUACCAGAGAAAUUAGGCUUUUGUUUUUACCGUAAAUCCUUAAGUAGAGACUGGUGUUCAAUUAGCUUUAUCAAGACUGUGAUCAAGUCUCUGACAAGUGAGUAAAAGCUAACUUCAACUGAUUGGCCGGGGCACUUUCAAAAGUCUGUCAUGAAGAACAAGUGACAUUCACAAUGAUAAUAACGCUGCAACAAAAUUUGGUCCAGUGCAGCAGAGGAAGAAGGGAAUUAAAAAGGUUCCCAAAGAGAACCUUGUGCACUCAGGUGAAAGCAUCCCUACCAACAGUUUUGUCCAAAAAUGAACAGGAUACAUGGUAUGUUAAUCUGCAGCCCACAGAGAUAGCUAUCACCAUUCUCUUCGUUUUGUGCUGUGAUAGACAUUAUAGUUAGACAGAGAAACACCAGACUUCAUAGUUAAGUGUCAUUUGAAGUCGUCACUUUUAUCCAUGUUCAGAUCUCUUUGUCCGUCUCUCUGUUGUUUGUGUUCUCUCUCUUUGGCACCAUUGAUACUGAGCACCCUCACAUCUUGGUUACAGCCCAUUAUAGUCUUUCAAAAGCUCUGACACACUGAGGUAUUAAAGAAUAUGUUUUGAUCAUGGAAGGUCAGAAACAAUUUGAGAAUGUAAUGUUAAAUUUAGGGCUGCAUGAUUUGGGCCGAAAAUAAAAAAUCAUUUUUUUUCUCUGAAAACUCAAUUUUUGAUUCCGAUUUCAAUUUUUUAUUCAGUGACAACUUCACCAAAUAUCCCAUCACAAGAGAUGCAGAUAUACAUCCACACGAAGAUGGAAUGGUGGUCAUUUAUGGAUUUAUGCACUCUCUGACCUGUUUUCAAAAAGUUACGUUUACAGUUACCCAAAACGCCAUUUCCAUGUGGAUAAAACGCCCAUACGACAAAAAACGUCCGUUUACUCCUGAAUGGUUUGCUCUUCAUCCGAAACUGCGAAGCUGUACCAAUUUCACACGACUGACUCACUCUUGGCCCAUUUAACCACAAAAUUAUCGCCUUCUUUUGCAAACUCCUUGUUUGUUUACACUGGUGUGUGUGAGAACCGGGGGGCGCACCUGCAGGAAGGGGGAGCCUAUCGUGGCCUGGAGCCGCGAGACGUGAUAGAGAGGAAAAUUGAUUUUAUUUUUUUAACAUUGUCAUAAUUAAAUAAUCUGAUUGCAAUUCAAAAUUGAUUAAUCAUGCAGCCCUAGUUAAGUAAAUCACAAGUCUGCUUCGUAUAAAGGACCUGGUACCUUCUGAAGUAAAAACAAAUAAUGUCCCCAGUUUAUAUUUGAGGAUUUAUUGUAUUUGUCCUCAUGUGUGUUUGUGUCAAUAUCUGUCUGUCAGCAGAAUGUGUGUCUCGCUCUGCAUGCUUGUCGUUUCAUGUCUUCCUCUUACAAAAGUUUCUUUUUUCACAGUGCUGCAUUCACAUUGUGGCUUAUUGUAAAUGAUGAGAAAUAAGGUCUGAAUUUGUUUCAACAAGUGUCACGAAAGGACAGUAUGCACCUGAACCAGCUGGUGCCAAGUUGCAAAGCCCUGUAAUCUGGUUUUUAAAUACAUUUCCACAUAUCUGUUGCCUGUUUCACUGCAGUAUGAGAUACUCUCACUAUAGAUACUUGUUUAUCCACAACAAAGACCUUGCAUGAAUAUCUGCUCCUAGCUUCUGCGCUUAGCAGCUUCUUGUUAGCUUGGUCUGUUAGCUUGUUUGUCCACGAUUUUUGAUUUUCGCCACAUGAAGCUGCUGUUAGGGGUUUCUAGCUAGUUAUAAACAGACUGUUAUUAAUAUUAAUGUCCUCUAAGAUCUGCAAAAGCAAACCAGACCAUCAGGGACAAGACUGAGCAUUUCUAUGUAGUGUCAGAACAGACAAAUCAACAAAAUGUAAACUGCUGGAACAGCUAAUUUUUUACAUGUUCAUGGCAAUAAUUUAUGAUAAAUGUGGAAAAUAAAGGAGGAUGACAUUCUUAGUUAGAAAACGGGAAAAAGCAAAUCAUCAAAAAUGAAAUAGAGGUACCUCUUUGUUGACAAAGGGGCAUCAAAUCAUGACAAAACAAUAAUCCCCACAACACCAUUCAUGGCAAGAUUGGUCUGUGUUUAAUUUUAGGUCAAAUUAUCUUGUUGGCUACAGUCGAUGAUAAUCUUCCUGCCGGAAAGAGUUGAAAUUUCAGCCAGUGUGUGUUUUUUAUUCACUGUCUCUCACCUUGUUGCUUUUAUCUCGUGGAUAUACUGAAUAUCCAGGCUCCUGUCAUUGGGGCCUAAAAUGACAUGUGGUUACACCAGCCUCAGCUUCUGCAUGAACACAGACCCUAACUUGUGAGGACAGGUCUCAUGCAGAUAUUGCUUCAUGUUCGGUCCUUCAUGUUAGGACAAGCACAAAAACAGUUUAUACCCACCUGUUCAGAACUUCUGAACAGGUUUUAAACAAAUGGAGCAGAAUGACAGGAGUGAUGAACUGCACGUGAGUCAGUCUUAUCAGAUAAGUUAGGAUUUAGUUAUAGUUUGUCUCUCAGUAAACUCUGACUGCAAAUAAAAGGAUUCACUUCAAUCUUGUUUUUGGCUGAUCAUUAGUCUAAAUCUUCAUCUUAAUCAUAGUAAAUGAUAGUUAUACCUUUUUGAUGAAUAUAAUAAUUUCAUAAUUUUAGGCCACAAUGUGAACUCAGCAGGAGUCUAAUCGAUGCACAUAGAGGUAGCCUUACAUUCACUCUCUUCAUCCUCUCUAUAUGUCUGUGGUUACAAAUACAGCUCAAUGUUGGAUUUCUGUGAAUGUAGGGUUUCUUAUUUUUACCACCAAGAACAGCAGCUCUUCUUUUCGUUUGUCUAUUGAUCAAGGCUUUAGCUAUAGGUACUCUUUUUCAGUGAGGUUAUUGCUAGCUUGGCCAUGAGGUCAGAUACAGUCCCUCUUUAAGUGAGUCUGUUUUAUACAGUCACAGCUUUAAUGCCGUUUGUUUGUCUUUUAGGAUUUGCAGUUGGAGUACGGUCACGAGUCGCCAAGUCUACUGGGAGGAAACAAGUAAGUUAAAUGUUCACUUUCUCUCUUUCUGUCUCUCCCUUGCUCCUCGUGUUUAUUUCUUACUUUUUUUGAACAUUUUCACCGGGGAUGAAAGAAAAUAUCAAUACAGCACAGUAUCGCAAUAUUUUGUCUGGUGAUAUAUCGUAUCGUCUCAUUUACCAAGUAUCGAUUUUUAUAAAUUAAUUGCUGAUAUGAAGUCAAAUUAAUGAUAAUGAAAAAAUAAAAUUAACAGUUUAUCCAGUGAGGUUGGCAGAGGAGACAUCAUAGAGCAGGAGAAAGUUAGUACAACAAAUAUAUACACAAGGUUUGCAAGAUGUGCUACAUGAAAAUGAAAUACAGUGUAAUUAAGACAAACAUAAAGGAAAGACAAAUGCUAAAUUAGCUUAACAGUUGAAAAAAUUGUAUAAAUUGCAAUAUACUGUAUCCCAAUACUCACUGUAUUGCAAAAUGUUAAAAAUCGCGAUAAUAUUGUAUCGUUGGCCUCAGGUGAUUCCCACCCCUACUUUUUACUGACUUUAAUGACAGGCAUAAUUGAGAAAGCCACUUUUCAUCCUGUUUUUUCAUCUGAUUUAUUCAUAACUGCAGCUUGAGGGUGUUCUGUAAAAUGUUUGUUGUGAACUUCCUGCUUUGUAGCAGAAAGUUCAGUUUAGACCUGCACUACAGACUUGUCAUCCAGGUCUGACAAGGAUCAAAAAGAUUUCUCAAGCAGUUAAAAGUGGAUGAAAAUGAGUGUCAGACGAAACUGUUAUUUUCUUCCUGUCACUUAUCUUAGUUGAUUUCCAUCUUUGAUAUAUUUCUUUUCACUUGUCUGAUGUACAGGAGUCUUCUGAAAUCCGUGGAGGAGGAGUUACAGCAGAGGUAGGUCAGACUGUCAUGUCCUGAUUCACUCGGGUCCUCCUGAUCUGCUGGUGUUCUAACCCCGCCCACCCAUCAGCCAAUCAUUAUUAAUGCCAGGACUAAUCUGGGCCAAUCACAAGCAACUAACGCUGUUGUAACGACUCCAGGCUGCGACACCUCCCUGCGGUUUGGAUUUUUGUGGGUUUUAUUUUCACUCGUGCGGCUUGCUUCACGCUUUCAAUGUCAUCAGAGGAAGGCUGUGCUUCAUAGGAGCUUCCUGCAGAGCAUGGCACACACACACACACACACACACACACACACACACACACACACACACACACACACACACACACACACACACAGACAUGCACGUGUACAAAGAUCUUUAGCCAAAGCUGCAGUUGGUCUCUUGAGCAAUUAAACUGGAAAGCAUUAGGAAAUCUUUUUCCUUUUUGCUUAAAAGACGCCAAUGAUCUCGUCCUUGUGCUUUGCUAAUUUCCUCAAGAUAAUUUUAUCCAGCAGAUGUGCUUUAAAGAGGAAUUUGGUCUCAAUCACAAAUUUUUCUCUCAAUCAGCUCUCCCUCCCCUCCCCAAAAGCAAAGAAAGUUUUUAUAACCAUAGAGGGUUGUGAGGUGAGCUUAACAUCCUGGUCCACAACCUAGACGCUUAGUUUCCCAUCACAUUCUCACUAUACGUGAGCCAGAUCCACCUAAUCAAUGUAGAUAUUAAUGGUAAAUGAAUAGUUAUCUGUUAUACAUUAGUCAUCCUGUUGAGCCUCUGUAGAAGGACAGAUUUAAUAGUAUUAGUUGUAGUAGUAGAAGUAAAGGGGAUCAUAUUUCAGUUCUGAAAGUUAAUUAUUUCUAUUAUUGAUGCAUAAAUCCUCAGGACCCUUAAUCAAAGCCUACUUUUUGAAGACUGUUACUCUGAAAUAUCUGCAGGAGAGGGGGUUUCAUGCUAUGAACCAACCAGGUAGAGUAAAAGUAACAGAAAUCUGCAAGUAGUGAAACAAAUUAUUACAAGUAUGACUCUAAAGAACGUGUGCUGCCUGGUGAGGAGGAUCAGCACCUCUGUUUUUCAAGGAGGACCCAAAGUAACUGAUCAGCCUGUUGAAGUACUUGAACUAAAAGAUUUACAUGAGCAUAAAAGAUGGGGCAAGUUUGCAUAGAAAAAUACCAAUAUCAGUCAAUGAAAAGUGUUUUAGAUAAGAGGAUGUCACUCUGAAUCAUAUGUUUUAUGUUUUAAAUAUCGUAUAAAUGCUAUCUUGAAAUAAUGGGAUACAUAGUCUGAAACAGAGGGUGUCAGCUGUGGUUAAGUUACUGUGAAUCGAUGGAUCAGAGAUCCUCUGUAGAGGCGUGUGUAGAUCUGCAAGGACUGUUCAGUUCUGAAUGUUUGAAAUCAGACGUUUUUUGCAGCUUUUUAAGUCGACUUCAUGAUUGGACAUUUUAUUUUGGCGUGAAAAGAUCUUGCUACUUUGGAUCUCUUCAGUCCUUCCAGAUUAGGUUCAAGGUUAGAGGUAGUUUGUGGAUUGAGCUUCACUCAGCUCUCCCUCCCCUUUUCCCUUCUUCCUCCCCCCUUUCCACCUGUUCUCUCUCCCUUGCUUGCUCCCUCUCCCCCUUAACCUCUCCCCCUCUGAUACUCUCCCUGCCUCCUCUCCUGUCUGUCCCACCCCACUCUCCUCCUAUCUUCACCUCCUCUCCCAGGGGCCAUGUGGCACACUUAGGGGAUGAUGAGGAUGAGGAUGAUGAUGGUGCAGAUGAUGAUGAAACUCACACUCAGUAAGUGCUCUCCCUCAGUCUCAGAGCUGGAAGCCUCUCCCUCUUUGACUCUCUUUCCUCAGUCGCUCCUCCAUACCAAAGAGGAACAGAGAGGGAAGCAAAGGGGGAAGGGCUUCUUUUCAUGGCUACAGUUUCAUCCACGCAUCUCUGUGCAGCACACCCCACCAUCACGCCACAUACGCCACCUGUGUUUGUGUGUGUUUACAGCUGGUGUGUUUUGUAUGCCAUUAAUACUGUCUUGUGUGAAGUCUAAUAGCAACUAACAGUAACCCUAACCCCUAUAAAACUGACCUGGAGGCUGUUGAUGUGGAAUAUAUACAUAUUUUUUUGUCUUUUAGUGAGUCUUGAUCGUACCCUCUCAAACACAGAGGAAUAGCAGAUUUUAACUGAAUACCACAAAACUUAAGAACAUGUCUUUAAGUGAUUUGAGAUCCGAUAAAACUUUGGCUCUUCAUCUUUGCGGCCCUGUAUGCUUCGAUAGACUUCAUGCUUUGAUACUUGAACCUCAUGACAUGGACGUCUUAUUCGUCAUACUGUCAUUUUGUUUUGUUCUUCCCUUGUAAUGCCAGAUGUGUGUCUCCUUACUGCAUCACGGUGUGUGUGUGUGUGUGUGUGUGUGUGUGUGUGUGUGUGUGUGUGUGUGUGUGUGUGUGUGUGUGUGUGUGUGUGUGUGUGUGUAUGUGUGUGUAUAACGUUUUGUGUUUACUGUUGGUAAAGUCAGAAAAUUAAAAAAUUAAAAGACUAUGAACCCGACCUGUAAAAUGUUCCCCAUCUAGUUCCCUCGCCGUUCUCUGUAUCUGAAGUCGAUCGUCAUCGAUCAAUGAAUUUCUGUUGUGUGUGUGUGUGUGUACACAUUGCCUUCUGGCCUCUCCUGCCUCUAAUAAACCGUACAUUUGGCAUCCGGCCUUUUUCCCUCAUUGUGCCAAAGCCAAGUUUCCGAAAGUUAUGAGCAGCCCUUCUAGAUAAAUAACUUCAAUAGUACUCAAAAAAGCAUUAGUACUUAGAACAUACACCAAGUCUAUAUUGCUGAACUGGCUGCUAUGAAAAGUAGUGAAGAGUGAGUCAAGAGAUUUCCUCUUGGCUAUAAACAUGUCUAAAGCAAUAAAUAAGGAAAUGCCUUACAGCUAAAACGACUUUAGAAAUCAUUUAGAGCUCAACAGAAACCAACUUGUCAAGAAGAAUGACUCGUGACAUACCUACAGAAUCUAGACCCUCAUCAAAUUUAAAUAUUUUGGGAAUCACCGUAGACUGUAUAUACGAUGGAAUCCACCUUGGGCCAUUAUAUGAAUUUAAAGCCGAAUUGCUCUCAGUAUUUCCGGGAUUUUCUCCACUUUCUGGAACCACUACUGGCGCAGUAGCACUGUACGCAUUCGGUGAGAGAGUUGCUGUGAUGACACUCGGCUCAAACAGCGUAUCCCCUGGGUGAGCUACGAAAACGUUGUACCAAGUAUCAAGUGUCAAUCAUAGAAAACAUGAACUCCCUAAUAACUUUUAAAAAUGGCGCUGCACAGAAAAAAGGAGACUUGAACACUAACCAGUCUUACAAUAACUACAUGUCAAGAUCACAACCGGGGGGAGAAAAAUUUAUAUUCUGUGUCAUUCAUUUCUAAAGUUUGUCCACAGCUCCAUGUGUGUGUGUGCGCGCGCAUAUAUAUAACGUUUUGUGUUUACUGUUGGUAAAGUCAGAAAAUUUAAAAAUUAAAAGACUAUGUACCAGACCUGUAAAAUGUUCCCCAUCAAGUUCCCUCGCCGUUCUCUGUAUCUGAAGUCGAUCGUCGUCGAUCAGUGAAUUUCUGCUACAAAUCAUCAGGCAUUGGUUUUAAUUACUGAGUUUGCCAAGUAUUCCACUUUUUGUGGCCACCUGUGACAUCGCUGCCUUUUUUUACCCACCACACCACAUUUUCCAACUCUGUUUCCAGAUCUCUACACUUACUGUUUAGUUUCACUGAUCCAGUUCACACUCAUAUGACUGCCAUUCACCUCCAUGAAUUAAAAAACAAUCAUUUUUAUCGGCGCUCUUGUAUUUGUGUCCACUGAGAUAAGCUGCCAGCCUCUGUUAGUUUUCAUGUGUGUGCUGUGAUUGGUUCUUGAUGUGAUUGUCUGUCACUCAUUAACAAAGAGCUCAAUAAAUCCGAGGUUCAUUAGGCAAUAUGGAGGAAGUCUGUGUGAACACAGUGCUGGUCUAAUGAGAUGAUUAAAAGUUGCUAAUUUGGAUUUUCUGGAACUAAAUAUUUCAUACUUUUGGCUCAUCAAAUAAUCUGUUGAACGAAGAUUAAAAGUGUAGAUAUAAUUUAGUGAAGCUGUUUUAAUUUGAAAUUUUGCACACUAUUUCAGAGUCAGCACUGCUAUUCUCAGAGACUUUCAUCCUGCUGUGUUUGUAGUUUCCUCUCCCAAAUACUUGUGCUUGUAUCCGACUUUAUACUCUGUGUCUACAGCCGUUAUAUCUACUCCUGUCACUAAUGUCAGACUAUGAUUCUAGUUGUCAUUUUAAGAUUGCAUGUAACAUCUGAUCCCUGUAAAGUAUCAACGUCACAGUGGUCUGGAUGCACAGAAAGUGCUUUCAAGUCUUAAAUUAAAUUGUUCAAUUGUGUUUUUUCCCAAAACUUGUAGAAAUGUAGAAAUAUAUUUUUAUAUAUAAAGGGGUUUAUAAGAAAAGUAUGGGUACUAAAAAUGUGAUUUCAUGAAGUGAUGCCCCUUAUUGUCGAAGCACAAUUUGCUCUAAAAUGGCAGGUUAAAGCAUAGCCUCAUUUUUGACAUGUUGACAAAUGCAACAUGUAAGUUUUUCUGUCACUUUUGAGUGUUUUUAUGAACCCAAAUCUCGAAUCAUUUGUAUUCCUGUUUUUCAGUAAAUCCAGCACCAUUAUGAGGCCAAAGGUCCCACCUCCUCUUCCUCCCAAGGUACACAGCGCUGAGAAUAUCUCUUAGUCAACCAGUAUAUAUCAUCUUGAGAUCACUGUCAGGCUGCAUCUCAAUCCCGAUUUCUUCAAAGUUAUUAAAUAUGAGAAAUUCCCCUGAUGUUUGUCCUUGUUCAUAUUUUCUUGCAGCCCAAGUCCAUCACCACAUCCCAACAGCAACAAAAACAGGAUGAGAGCCAAUCACACAGUGAGGACGAUGGCGGAGGGGGAGGUACAAUCAAACGCUGUCCUGUCCCAGAGACGCCCAGCCCCGCCAAGCCCGCCUCUAACGUCCCACCACGGCCCCCGCCCCCGAAGCUGCCACCCCACCGUCGCAGCAGCCUAGGUAACGACAGCCCCAAACGCAUGGAAGCGGAAAACUCUACCCCAGAGGAUGAUGGGAGCUUUAGACAUUUCUGGGAGUGGCUCCACACGCCUCACACAGAGGAGGAGCUGGAGGAGGCAUGGGAGGUGCUGAAGGAGGUGAAAGAGGAGCAGGAAAAAGAGGAGGAAAAGGAAGAGAGUAAGAGCAGCAAACAUGAUAGAUUGGUAGUAUGCGCAGACCCUGUCGUCCCCCGAUUGGUUGUCUCCCAUUAGUCCUGGUCCUCGUAGUCUUAUUUCUUUGUUCCAUAAGUCCAUGAAUAACAGCGCUUUGACAUUUGUUUUUGUUUGUAGCUCCUUCUGUCCAUCAGCUCCUGAUCAAUAUAAGUGUUUGUCAUCUUUAUGUGAAGUCUGAUUGGUUGUUUAACCCAACCAAUUCAAAUCUAGUAGUCUGCUAUCACUCCCCCUCACUUCCUAGGAGGAAGAUGAAGAGGAGAGAACAUCGUCCUGGCUGAUCAGAACAACACAGGAUUGUGAUAGGAUAUGACAUGACAGCAAGUUAGGAAUAAAUCCUUGUAUUUGAACUUUUAUCCCACAAGAAAUUUAGAUUUAGAUAUAUUAAAUUUUUACUUGCACCAAAGAAUAAGUACAGUAUAGUGAAAUAUCCCUAUUGCUUCUGCGGCUAUGUCAGCACUGAUUUAACGUGGGAAAGGGGCUUUCAUUGUUUGCUGACCAGGUGUUUGAGGUUUUAUUUGUGGUAUGUUUGAAAGUUAGAAAUUUGAUUUAUUGUAGAUUUUUAAAAAGUUAUAUUGUAGCAGAAAAAAAGUAAUGAUCAAAGUAAUGCACAGAUGCCUGAAUGAUUUUUUGAACACAGCCAUCAGUAGUGCUGGGCUGUGUUUGUGUGCAAACAGCUGAGUGUUGUUCUUUUAGUUGUGUCAGGAGAGGCAGCAGGUCUUCAAACAUAUUUUUACCAGCUUAUGCAAAUAUUUUUUAUGUUAAACAUUUGACUUUGCCAAAUUUAACGCAGCUUUCCUCACUAAUCAGUGUUAUUUAAUCAACUUACCGGUUGAAUGACAAACCAUGGUGGCUAUCUGUCAGGCAGGUUGUAUGUGGUGCAUUAACACCUCCCCUUCGCUCACGACUAUAUUUGAUCCUCUGUAUUCUUCCUGCUAGCCUGCUCCCUCCUUCCCUCCCUCCCUCUCUGCUCCCUCCCUCAGUAGUUUGUUUGUUACAGAUCAAGUUUAACUCUCCGUGUUUUCAGCUCUGCAGUAAAAAAAAAAAAAACAGUUCUCACUAAACCCAGAUUAUAUUGAUGUCCGAGAAAGUGUCCGUGUGAGUGGACUGUGCUUGCAGAUGGAUCUUUUUUAAACACAGUGUUGCGUUUCCACGCAGGCCUCAUCCUUCACAUGGGCUCAUUCUGUCUUCCCAUCACCAUCAAACACUGAGACAUGUCUCUGUCAUUGUAGGUAAUGGGCUGAGUUCUCCACACAGUGGAGACAGGGACAGUCCUGCAGAAAGACAGUCCACUAUGCCCCCUAGUGUCCCCAUACGGAAAGAGAAGAAGGACAUUCCGGUAAACACAGCACACUGAUAGUAAAGUUUAUUGUACUGUAUAAUGUCAGUAUAAAUGUAUUAAGAGUUUCUAAAAACUGAUUCUGAAGAUAAUGCGAGUGUUUGAAGGAACUACAUGGUCAAUCAUACGUACAAGAUUCACUUACAGCAGGUUGCAAGACCCUUUCAUGGUCCGAUGCAAUAAUGUGUGUGUGUGUUCAUUUGUAUGUUAUAGAAGCCAAUCAGUAAUGGGCUCCCCCCGACACCCAAAGUCCAUGUAAGUAACCAUGUCUUUUUAUGUGACUGUAGAAAUCUGUGAUUUUGGAUAUUAUUAUGGACAUUUAUGAAGGUCUAAUUGAAGCAUACCCUGUGAUUGAUUUUUUUAAAUAUUCAAAAUCAAUCACGAUUACUUGUUGAAAACGUGGCCAUUCUUCUUUCAAUAAUUGCCUGAGUCAUAAAUUCACAGCUAUAUACUUAUUAUAAAUGAAGGUAAUAGGAUAUUAUACAUUUUAAAGAGGCUGUUUAACAGGCUUAGUAUCAACAUGCAGAGCAGGCUCAUGAAAGUGUAGCUGUAUAGCUCGAGCCCCAAAUCAAUCAAGGUGGAAGAGAAAAUAACACAGAAAUAUUGCCAACUGACAGUGGUUAGUGUUUUACCAGUUUGUUCUUACAGAGAGAGAAAAAAAGCAUGUCCGCUGGGACAUGAGCUGGGAGCAUGACUCAGUCACAGUCGUUUAGAAAACCUCUUUGAGCAUUCUGUAAAAAUGUCUUGUUUCUUUUCCUCCUUCACGUUUUGGUCCCCAAAAAAAGAAAAAAAAAACUUUGUAGGGACCUUGCACACAGCUGCAGCCUCUCCGAGGAUCUCAGCUAUUUAAGAGACCAAACACCCCCACAAUAGCUCUACUAGAUUGAUGUGAACGCAUAUUUGAAUACACUCUUUAUAAUCAAUCACUGGAUGUUCAAUUAAUCAUCAACAUCCCUGUAUAUAAGAUCAUAUAUAAGUAGUUUCACUCAAUAGUGAGCAAAUCAGCUCUGAAGUAACAAGCCCACUCACUAUGAACAUUCAACAAGAGCUGUCAGUAAUCAGCUUUUUCAAUGUGUGCUCUCAUUCACAGAUGGGUGCGUGUUUCUCAAAGGUGUUCAACGGUUGUCCUCUGAAGAUCCAUUGUGCAACAUCCUGGAUCAAUCCUGACACCAGAGGUAUCCAAUAGGAGAGCAGUUGAUUAGUAUAAUGCUGACUUAUAGUAUAACAAACGUUUCAUCAUUAGUUACUGUUCACUUUGAACCUGCCUGUGUGUGAUAUGUGGUAAAACUUUGUUUUUGUGUGUGUGUGUGUGUUACAGAUCAGUAUUUGAUAUUUGGAGCUGAAGAGGGAGUCUACACAUUAAACCUAAACGAACUACAUGAAACUUCCAUGGAACAGGUCAGACUUUAGUAGUUACAUGUUAUGAACAUGGUUGCAUUUAUUUAUUGUACAUUGUAUUUUGUCAAAUCUUAAAAACAACCACAGUUAAACAGUUUUCUUUUAAAUGUUACUAGUUCACUAUGAACUAGGGCUGGAGGAUUGAUUGGAAUCAGAUUAUUCAAUUAUGACAAUGUUGAAAUAUUUAAAUCAACAAAUCGAUUUUCCCCUUAUCACGUCUCAUGCUUCCAGGCCACCGUAGGCUGCCCUUUACUGUGGGAGCGCUCCCCAGUUCCCACACACACCAGUGUAAACAAACAUGGCGUUUGCAAAAGAAGGCGAUAAUUUUGUGGCUAAAUAGGGCAAGAGCAAGUUAAUUGUGCAGCCCUACUCUGAACCUGUGCAAAAUAACUGAGUAAUUUUACGUGACUCAUUUUCUCUCGUCCUCCUGUUUUGUUGCCUGUAUGCAGAUUUUCCCUCGGCGGUGUACUUGGCUAUAUGUCAUGAACAACUGUCUCCUCUCCAUAUCUGGUGAGUGAUAACAUGUCUGCCAUUAGGAAAUGUUUGGGAGUCUCUUUAAGAAAUAUUUGCAUGUAUCCUCCAAACAGGUUUGUGCAUGUUGUAUCUAAGGCUUCAUUUGGUGUAUUCUCUUUUCGGUCUGAUUGUCCUCUGUUUCAUCCCAGGAAAAGCCUCUCAGCUGUACUCCCAUAGUCUGGGCGGCCUGUUUGAACAGGCCAGACAGUUACAGAAGUUACCAGUAGCCAUUCCCACACACAAGCUGCCUGAUAAGAUGAUACCCAGGUAAGACUCUGACCAGGAAGUCAAUCUAAUCAGCAACAUGUAAUAAAGCUUAUCAUCUCAUAAUUCACUUUGUGUGGGUCAACAAAUUUCUGAAUAACCCUUAAUGACAAUAAAACUCAUUAUUAGGCUGACCCACUUGUGCAUAGGUGUCAUUUGUUGACCGACAGGAAUUUCUUUUUAUUUCUGUUUAUAGGAAGUUUGCUGUAUCUAAUAAAGUUCCAGACACUAAAGGGUGCCAAAAAUGCUGCGUAGGUAAGUAUCUAAAAGGAGCAGUUUUUCAGUCAUGGUGCUAACCCAUGUUAAAUCCCAAGUCCAUAAAUGUGGAGCUGUAAGCUAUGACAGAAAACAGAAUCACUAUCAGCUUGUGUUGUUUCCUUGCAGUUCGUAACCCCUACACAGGCCAUAAGUACCUUUGUGCAGCCUUCCAGUCCAGUGUCAUGCUGCUGGAGUGGGUGGAGUCCAUGCAAAAGUUCAUGCUCAUUAAGGUUAGUUCCUGUGUUGUGAAAUGUUGUCGGUGUUUCAUGAUCUAAAAGAUAUGACAGAAACCCAAAGACAUACUUACAAUGAUUUUUUCUAGAUAUCUAAAUCAAGUCUAUUUCGGAUAUUUUACAUUUUGAUGAUUUUCUGGCUCACUAUCCUAACCGCCCUCUCUUCAGAACAUCGACUUCCCGCUGCCAUGUCCCCUUGAGGUCUUUGAGAUGUUAGUGGUUCCCGAGCAGACCUACCCCCUGAUCUGUGUGGCGGUCAGUAAAGGCACAGAACUCAACCAGGUGGUCCGGUUUGGCACGGUCAACCCCAACUCUACCUCCUCCUGGUUCACAGAAGCAGGUGAGUGAAGUGUAGCCAGGUUUAUUCCUGAUAAAGUAAGUACUCUUUACCUGUUCUGACGUUGUUGUGAUCAUGAAUGGCUUGGUUCUUAUCUCUCUGUCUACAGACACACCACAGACAUGUGUGAUCCAUGUCACCCAGCUAGAGAGAGAUACGAUUCUAGUCUGCCUCGACAGUGAGUAACGUUCUUGUGUUCAGCCCUCAGGUCACACUGAAGAGGUUUUUGCAUUGCUGGAGUUACACUCAGCUGCUGUCUUUGUCCCUCUCUCUCUCUCUCUCUCCAGGAUGUAUAAAGAUAGUGAACCUCCAAGGACGGUUGAAAUCCAGCAGAAAGUUGUCGGCUGAGCUCACCUUUAACUUCCAAAUCGAAGCAACAGGUAAAAAGACAAAGAGAGGGCGCCAAACUUAUCACUAAUACUGUGAAAAUUCUGCAAACGGCAUUAAUAUGGAAACAGCCCAGCUUAUGACCACAUCUGAAACAAGUAACACAGCUAAAGGUCAAAGGAAUUAAAGUGAAUAUGAGUAUGUUUAAUACCUAUUUUCCUUUUGCAGUCUGUCUCCAAGACAGUGUACUUGCCUUCUGGAGGCAUGGCAUGCAGGGACGUAGUUUCAAGACCAAUGAGGUGAGACUGACUCUAUGUGACUCUGCUUUUUUUGUGUUGUGCUAACCUGAUGACACUUAAAGGGAUAUUCCGGUGUAAAUUUAAACUAUGGUUAAACACACCGUAAAACCAAGUUAGACACCCUCUCGAGAGAUUAAUGUUGACGACCGCUUGCUUCUCUCGUUAUACCAACUUUAGUAACAACCGCACAAUAGAAAUACACAGCGGUCUACAUCUUCAUGCACAAACCUCAUCCAAAAAGCCACGUAGCCAUGGUGUGUUUGACCAUAACUUAAAUUUACGCACUAAUAUCCCUUUAAAUGAGAUUUAUUUCAUGAUAACGAUACCCAGUUCUUAUUAAAUAGAUCAUAAGAGAGUAGCAGCCUCUACACAAGCGCUCCUGACAACUUGAAGAAGUCUGUAGCUGACAUUUUACAGAGCUGUCGGUCUAUAGCUUAAAAAGAUGCUGCAGUCGUACUAUUAAGGUCACAUUUCCAAGAUUGGAAUAAAGGAACAGAGCCUGAGGCUAUGGUAAUGGUGAUUAGUGAUAUGUUGAUUUUUAGUUUUGUUAUUGAUGCUAACAUGAAAAUGAACCCAGCAUCUUACCACAGUGUCAUAAAGUAUCAUAGUGCUUCACCUGCCCACAACACAAUAAACAAAGCAACCAACUAUAUAUGAAGAUCUUUGUCCGGGUUAUUCCUGGCAGCAGCUAACCUCAUCUCUGUGCUGCUUUGUCUGUUUUCCUCUCCUGGAUAUGCUGUCAUCAGAUCACCCAGGAGAUCUCUGACAGCACACGCAUCUUUAGACUACUGGGAUCAGACAGGUGAGCGAACACACACACACACCUGCUCCUUGCUUCCUAUAUAUCACACACACACACAAACACUCCCACAGGUCCAUGUUAACAUCCUCUCUGAUGUCUCAUCACGUGUUGACUGUAGAGAUCCAGAGGCUGAGGAAAGAGGCCUCACUGUGCCCAGGUAGACUCCCUGCUCUCUGAAAACCCUGCCUCUGUCUGUCGGGGUUCUUUGGAUCUUCUUAAUCCCAGAUGACAAAGGGAGAUAGUGUGUGUCUGCAGAAAAUGUUGGGAGGGAUUUUAGCUGCUGAGUCAUGACUUACAGACACUAAAAUGUCUUCGUCCACAUUGGCACUUGGAGUAAAAAAAAUGCAAAAAUAGGUCUGCUUUGGACCACUUUUGGUGUCUGUUGUGUCCUCAGUUAGCAGCUGGAUUCCUCAGUGACAGUGGUUGAAUGUCUGAGUCUUUGGCUGUCUGUAAAAACUGUAUUAUCAGCUUUCUCACCUUCCUCAGGGUCAACAGUGUACUUCUACAGGGCUCGACAGUGCGACCGUUUCACUGCAACCAAAAAUAGAUGUGUGCGAAUUGUAAAAUGUAUUUAGGGGCACAUGUGCUUAAAAAAAAAAAACGAGGCAACAAAUGUUUUUUCAUGUAAAUACCGCGACGAAGUUAGUUUUGGGUUGGAUAUUCGACGUACAUGCGCUGCUGAUCUACCAGUGCCUUCUCACUCUCCAUAACCGGGAAUAGCAACAGCAGCGCAGUUCAAUCUACUGGACAUCCUCGCUGUCAAUAAGGGACCAUCAAUAAAUUACCUGUUGAUGGUCUCAAAACAUCUGUUUUCCUUUAAUAGCUUCCAUGUCAUGUUACCAAUUGACCUAAAAUUGAUUUCAAGUGAUAGUUCUAAGGUUGGAAGAUAAGACAUACUCUUUUAUUUCCCAUAUUUGUCCUCUCUAAAUUUUUUGUGUUAAAUUUAAAGGUAAAUUUUGAACAUUUUCUUCAAUAGCUUCCAUUACAUGUGACCAAUUGACCUAAAAUUGAUUUCAAAUUAUAGUACUUAUGUUGACCAAUAAGACGCACUUUAUUUGAUCAGUUUUCAGUGUGCCCCUAAAGUUCUUUGUGUGCUCCUUACUUUUUUAACUAAGGAGCACAUGUGCUCCUUCUGAAAAAAGUUAGUGUCAAGCCCUGUUCUGGUGUCAAAGGCAGUUACCCCCUCUGCUCCCUUUUUCCAAAUAACACAGCUUUUACAGGGCCCAAGUGUAUCCUGUGCGGGUUGCUGGCUCUUUAUCCAUGCUGCUCACUAAAUCCUGGGUCUUACUCCUUUUUUAUAACUCACUUGUCUUUAUUUUUGUAUCAGGAAAAACUAACACCAUGCUGAAGCAGGCUGUGCUGCUCUUUUGUCUGGGAAUUUGGCUGUGAAAAAAGAACUUUUUUUUUUGUGACUUUGUCUUGAAACUAAACCUUGUGUUGUGUAUGCUUGUGUCUUUGGUUUUGUGUGUGUUUGUCUUGCAGGGUGGUGGUGCUGGAAAGCAGGCCGACGGACAACCCAACAGCCCACAGCAACCUCUACAUCCUGGCAGGCCAUGAAAACAGCUACUGA